UUUUUUUAGACCCCCGUACUUUGUCCCCCCCACCUCCACCCCUUCUCUCUCACACACCCUGUACUGCACUCUCGUCCAGCGACUAACACAUGCACAGAGCUCUGCAGAGAGUUCCGGAUAAAACUGCCAUACACAGUUGUUUGGUAAGAAGCAGGUGUCGAUCUUUGUUGAUUUAUCUACAUAUGGUAUCUCCGGAGCCCCACUGAGAAAAGCUGCACCCACCCUCGAAAAAAAAAAUUGGUGUUAUACGAGAGACUUGGACAGGGGUAGGAGGAACGAUUUGAAGAGAGGGUGGAUAGACUGAUUUAAUACACUAUUUGAAUUAGAUGUGUGUGUGUGUCCUGGUUAGACCUUUUUAUUUUGUUAGAAGGACUCUAAGUCACACAGAUGACAAUCAGGGCAAAAGAUGGACACUCAGGAAGGGUUAACAUGCGUUGAAAGUAAGGUAAGGAUUUGAUGAAAAUAAAUGUUAUAUGAAGUCUUCCGCAAUGGGUGAACAAUUUUGUAGAAAUACAAAAAAUAUAUACAUUGUGAAAAUACCAAAAUAAUAAGGUUUAAUUGAUUUUAGAGUUCCAUAUUGAGUAUAUUACCGGACGUAUUCACUGAACCGUGAGUUGGUGAACAACUUUUCAUAAUGAUUUAAAAUAACUGUACUAAAAUUUUUUAUUUAUAUUAUAUUUUCUCCUCCCGGCUAAUUUUUCGGGCAUCUUUUUCACAUGUCACCAAGACUGACAGAUAAUCAAUAAAAUGUAUUGAUUAGUUACGCGACUUAUUUACUAAACAAUGAGUUGAGACUGAAACAAUUUAGCCCGAAGUGAUCAAAUUAUGAAUAAAGGUGACUGUUAUAUAUUUUUCACGAAAGAGUGAAUUUGAGGUCAAUUUCAGGUUCAAAUCUGAAUCCAAAAUAUCCAAAAAUAAGUCGUAUCCGACAAUGAAUAUUUCCCAAUUCUACUUUAUUGACUUAAAAUUUAAAAUUCUCUUUAAAUUGCUGACAAUUCACGAUUUAGUGAGAAACUUUGUGACUGCGAUUUUUUUAGAGAAAUUUUAAAAAUAACCUUUCAUGUCUAUUCAAAACUAAGUAUUGAUGGUAAGUUAAAUUUAAUUAAAACAUUCACUUUAGUUUGUUUUUUGAGUCUCCUCGUAAACUGAAGUUGUGCGUGGAAUAAUCUUCGAAAUUGGCGCUUCCUCGACCUGCUUCUUUUUAUCCAAUCAGUCGCAAACCACUAACUAGGCAGGUUAAGUCUAUCAAUACAUGGUUAAUCUUUUUGGAAGAGACAGAAUUAUAAAUCAGACACUGUUUGCUUGUAUGUGAUGUUUUGCAAACUUCUGUUUCUUUAAAUUUGUUCUCUGUAUCACUGUACAUUUCUCAAAGCUUGCUUUUACGAUUCGAGGAAAUGUCUUUCGCAAACGUUCAAUAUGUAAUCGCUGUAUUGACUGUUUUAGAUAUUUGCAAUCUUUGCUUUUAUAUUCUUAUUUUCUUAUGUAUUUUUUAAAAAGCUUUUCUCGUUACCAUUCGAGGAAAAGCCUGCCCUGACAUUCACUGUGACAGCUCAGCUGUCCUUUUACGUUCUAAUUACCCUUGGACAAAUAAGUAUUUUGGGAAUUGGCAAGGGGAGGGGGGACGGAAAGAUCACAAGAAGAGAGGUGAAAUGUCCACAAUUCAAUUCUAAAAACGUAAGAUGGCCACACACAGAGAACACACAAAUGGAUUGCCUUCCACUCUCACGCAGGUAGAGGAGAGAAGGUAAAUCUAGAAUUGAAAUUAACCUGAUGGGACGGAAGAAUAUGUAGAUCAGAGUUUUAAAUACUGUGUUUGUACUGGGUCUCUUUCCUUGGGAAACUGAAAUGAAUUCAUAUGAACGUGCAGUUUCUCCACCAGUGUGCUAUCUGAUCACAGUACAGCUUUUUUUCCACAUUUUCCUAAUCACACGUUAAAAGGAAGACAAGAUAUACUUGUUACCUUUAACACAGGUAAUAGGAAUCACAAUGAGAUUUGUUUCAUUUGCUUGGCUUUGCGUCUUUUCUCAUUUUAGAGGCUGAACCCAUGUGACAGGCAUCUAAUGUGUUGGCAUUGUAGUGCCCUCCUUGGUUUAACCCUAGGUCUAUUCAUUGUUGAGAAAGCAUUCUGCACUGCUGUGGUGAUCAUGCAGUUAAUUUAAUAAACCAAUAAUAGCAAGGGAAACCUCAUAAAGUACACAAACAGUAUGUAUAUGCAUAUAAAAUACUUUAAAAUCACAAAAAUCUUGCAAAGUCAGCCAUGAUGAUUUUUUUCUGCACUGUCUAAAAAGGUUGCUAGAAUUAUCCAAGAAUACAAUUAGUUGAAUUAACUGCGAUGUUUCAGAUAGAGAGAGGUGAUGGGAGCUUCAUUCUUUAGUGGCAAUUUAUGGCAGAGAUGUGAUUCUGCUCCGCUAUCGAAAACUGCACAAGAUAAAUUGUUGGCAUCAUAUCUCAUCCUGCAAAUUCAUUUCUGAUUAGCACAACCUGCAUGUAAUUCUAUAUUUAUCUAUAAAAUGCGAUCUCUUCGUUUAUUACAACUUUGUUCCAAUCGGCAAAUUCAAACUUCAGCGAUAUUAAAUUCUGCAAAAUGUGUUUGCACUCAAUAAAUAAUUUAUAAUAAUAUUCUAGGCCAGUGAUGAGGACUGGCUGAGGAUUAUGGGAAUUACCGUUAGCGUACAUUUGGAGUGCCAAGGUCAGCCAUUACUAAAAAGGAAAUGUCACUUUGCUAAUAAUGACUGAUUGCAAGUAUUUAUUAGGUUAAAGAGUGCCUCUGAGGUCAGUAUAAAAAUCCCUUCUUGCUGCAGCACUUCUGCGUCAAACAACCAACAUCUUCCUAUGAUCCUCUGGAUUGCUUGUGUCUUGCCAGACUGAUCUAUACACCAAAAUAACUUCGAACUUUUAGGGUGCUCAGAAUAUCCCUUUAGCAUGGGUUAUGGGACUAUGUUACGAUAAUAUCUGUACAGAUUAUGCAACACUUUUUAUGAUCUGUGAUUCUUAUAAUAUUGUUUAUGUCUGUCUGCAGUGGUCGGUUUUCUCUCUGUAUAUUGAAUACCAGUGGUUCACCCAUGGGUUUUGUGGCAAACCUAGCCACUUGGACAAUACAGAGAGACUAUGGCUUUAAGGGUUGCCUGGAUAGUUCUUAUAACGUUAUAUGUACCUGGUUGCAAUGUACUGUAAACCGUAUGAUUGCAUUGCCUGUAUGGGCUAUCUGCCGAAAGCAGAUAGCUGUAUUUCAUUUCGUUUCACGAACAGCGCCUUUGCGGGCUGUUCGUGAACCGAAUAAACUAUCCUACAAUAGCCCACACACUAAAAGACGUGUGGCGCUUGUUAGCCGAUUGCAACAAUGUUGCAAUCGGUAAUUAGAGGCUCUCCUAGGUGGCCGUCGUUCGACUACCGACCACGCGGCGGUCAGCCAUCUUGGAUCCUUUGUUCCUCCAGCGGUGGUUGGUCAUCGAGCGCGUGGUACUGAAAAUGGCUACUCGACAGCGCGAACACCGCUGGACUUCCAGGCCGUUUGGGAGUUUCGGGCUUUUCGGUAUUUUACUCCCCGUAUGCCAAUCGGUCUUUUGAAUGUAUGUUUUGAUGAAUAUGUUUUUCGUGCGGCGUUCGGUUGUUUUAGCUUGGAUCUGAGCGGUAAUCUCACGAACUAUGUGCUCAGACCCCAGCUAUCUACCGAACGUCCAUUCGUGUAAAUCAACCCAAUAUUGAGAAAGUUAUACAUUUUAAUGCGAAAUGCCGGUUCUGCUGCACGGAGGGAUAAUCCACUUAACGGUACAUUCCAGUGAGAGGAUCCCUCUCGUGCAGCAGUGCCUGAUGGGAGAAAUGCUCUGUACAUUAAGUUUCCCAUGUAGUCCACUCCUGUAAUACCCCUGGGAUAGGACUCAGGAAACCCCUUGCAUGGGGAAUUGUAUAAAUACUGAAGUAUGUGAAUAAAGACCUCAGUUGACUCCCAGAACUGUGUUUCGUCCGGUUACUGGGGGAUUUGGGCUAUUGCUUUACUUUAUUGAUUACUGUAUGUACCAGCGGAAUUCGUGGGAUUUAAUAUUGCCGGUCCGCCACAGGUUUCAAUUAGUUUAAUUCCUAAUAGACCUAUCGAUAAAUACCUAUAAACAUACAGAUUAAAAUACGCACUCUGUUAUGAUAAUUCUCUGCCUUCAUAAUCUAGUCUGUCCCGGUCUCCUGAUUUAAGGCGUUAUAGUUUCCAUAUAAUACAGAAUUAACCUGCGUACGAUAACCAACUGGCCCAUUCAUGUUGAUCACACACCAUCCUCCUACAAGCCCAUAGCUUUGUGUUCGUUAAUGCAGAAUAAUCCACAUACAAAUAGUCUUUUACUUCCUUUGCUAAAGCUAAAUCUUCUACAAUAUAGAAAACCCACAGACAGGUGCAUUUACCUUCACAGCUCCAGCUUCCACCCCUCUCAUACUAAACAGGGCAUUACCUACAGCCCAGCCCAUCAUCAGAUAUGCUCUGAUCCUAAUGACCGUAAUUCCCAUCUAAAUGUACUCUCCCAAUCUAUGAGACAGAAAGGCUACAAACCAAAGACCAUUACCAAACAAAUCAACUCUGCUGUAAAAACGCAGUGCACGCGCCUGCUACAGUACAGAGAGAAAAAAAUAUCUACAAUAUCCACUUGUGGUCACCUACUACCCAGCUCUUUAGGAAAUACAGGAAAUCAUUAAAGACCUACAACCAAUGUUAACAGAAGAUGAGACUCUGAAAAACAUUUUCCCUGAAACACCCAUUUUGGCCCUCAGACAACCACCAAACCUCCAACAAAAAUUAACAGGAAGCUGCCCACUAAUGGGAAGAAUAAAGAAUAGGCAUGUGCAUGGGCAAAAUAUUCGGUUCGGCAUUCCGAAAUUCGGGACUUCGUCAAUUUGGCACUUCGACACUUCGAAACUUCGCCACUUCGGAAAUUCGCCACUUCGGCAACUUCGGAACUUAGACACUUCGACACUUCGAAACUUCGCCACUUCGGAACUUCUCUUGCAGCUGCUUAGUAUAUAACUCCCUAAUUCCCAUGGUAUUAGGGAGUUAUCUACCAAAAGGCUGAAAGUUACUUAGUAUUAGUACAUUUUGCCCCUACUCGCUAUACCGCAAGUAGGGGCAUGUCUAUUAAACAGUGAGCAGCCUGUGGCACCUCGCCGUGUGAAGAUGGAUUAUUUUUUUUGUGCUCGGGUUUUUUAUUGCGUCGGUUAUUAUGGCUUUUUAUUUGGCCUUUUUUGGGGCUGAAAAAAUAAUAUUUUAGAAGAAAGAAAACAUCAAAUGGUAAGUUUAUUUUAGUUUUUACAGGUACUUAGUUAAAGGUCCCUCCCUUUGUCCAAAUUGCCCGAAAUUCGGACGAAUUUUCAUUCGGACCGAAACGAAUUGCACAUGUCUAAUAAAGAAAAUGGGACCAGUCAAUGUAAAAAACCUCGCUGCAAAUUGUGUCAGCACAGAUGCACAGACAAUACAGCCACACACAACAAUAAAACCUACAGCAUUAAAGGUUCAUACUCCUGCACAUCCAGCAAUUUGGUAUACAUGAUUCAAUGCACCAAAUGCCACCUUGGAUGCUACAUAGGGGAAACCACCCAGCAAUUAAAUGGCAGGAUGAAUAUGCACAGACACUCUACUGAGAGUAUCCCGUGUCCCUGAGUCACCAGCUCACAUAUGAACAAAUAUGGACCAAGGAGAGGAUUUUCCCUGAUGUCGGAUUAAGAUUACUCAAUCUGUCUAGUCGACGGUGAGUCACCAGACAUCACAAGUGAUCAGGUAUCACCUGAGGGACUGGAGCUGGGAUGACCAAAAACAAGAUCCAUAUCUGCUAAAAUCUCCAAGUUCCAUGAUGUUAGUCUGACUACUGCCUCAUGCCAUUUUGACUGGUGACUCGUACUCUCAAUCUUCUUGAACAAUGUGCCAACCUGUAGCAUCUCAUAGAUCGGUGCUCGAUCUCGGUAUCCUUCAGUCUCCAAGUACUAUCUCAUCAUUUUCAUACCUUUUAUUAAACAUAUUGAAGUUUAAUAUAGCUCAGCUUCCAAGAUUUGAAAGCUGUACAAUUUAUUGAAGUGCAGCUACAGAAAGACCCACUCCCCUGCCCCUCACUUUUCAAGGAAGGGGUUCCACAAAUCGGGAGCCUCUUAUUAUGGUCUGUAGUGGCUGAUCAUAUCCCAUAAAUCCCUGACAGCUUUCGGUAAUUGUAUCGCUUGCUGUUUACAUUUCACUGACCACCAUAAAAACAUGACUACAUUUAGCUCAAUACAGACAGCCAACAUCCAGCCAGCCUCUCUGUAUAAUACAAUACAGAAUCAUUUCAUUUGUGAAGUAAAAUAGAAAACUCAGAAACAUCACACACCGGGAUAACUAUCUGUAUGGGGAGGGGGGUUUCAGAUGUAAACCGAACACAAUCUGUGAGGUCAUGUAAGACACGAUACCCGACGGCCAUUUUGUCUUCCGAGGACCUUCUACAUUUAUAGAGUGCGCUCCACUAACAUUGAGACUCUUGGUAAAUACCAGCAAAGAAGGCAGUGAAAAAUUGUCUUUAUUGUGUAACAAUUUGAUCUUUUGUUAAAAAAAAUACUCCACACUCCUGGAUCUAAAAAAAUUACAAACAAAACACAGGAUUAUCUCAAAAAAAUAAAUCUUUGUUAACCCUUUAACGCCUUAAGGACACGUGACAUGUGUGACAUGUCAUGAUUCCCUUUUAUUCUAGAAGCUUAGUUUAAGCUUUGUUUAAUCAAAACGUAAACAAAACCUGGAAAUUGACUAUAUGUCUGUCCAACCAUAGUUCGCGUCUUUCAUAUUAUGUGCACCCACCCUUAUUAUAUAUAAUUUUAUUCAGGGGAAACGGGGCUUUCAUUUAACAUCAAAUAUUUAGCUAUGAAAUAUAAUUUAAUAUGAAUAAAAUAUAAAGAAAUGGGAGAAAAAUAGAAAAUGUGUUAUUUCUUUAGUUCUACGUGACAUUUUAACUGUCAAUGUCAUAAUACGGUUUGCCUUUACUGCAAUAAAAUACACAUAUUUGUAUUCAGCGAUGUCUCACCUGUAAAACAGUACCCCCUAUGUACAGGCUUUAUGGUCUUUUGGGAAGUUACAGGGUCAAAUAUAGCACGUUACAUUUUUCAGUUUUAUCACAUUGAAAUUCGCCAGUUUGGUUAUGUUGCCUUUGAGACCGUAUGGUAGCCCAGGAAUGAGAAUUACCCCCAUGAUGGCAUACCAUUUGCAAUACUAGACAACCCAAGGUAUUGCAAAUGGGGUAUGUCCAGUCUUUUUUAGUAGCCACUAAGUCACAAACACUGGCCAAAGUUAGCAUUAAUAUUUGUGUGUGAAAAAUGCAAUUUUGUCCAUUGUUUUACUGUUUUGAAACACUAAUAUUUGUGUUCAGCAAAGUCUCCCGAGUAAAACAGUACCCCUCAUGUACAGGUUUUAUGGUGUCUUGGAAAGUUACAGGGUUAAAUAUAGUGCUAGCAAAUUAAAUUCUCUGGAUUUUCGGCCUGGGUUAACAAAAUGACUUUUUUAUGUAAAAAUAUUACAUAAAUAUAUACGUAGAAUUAAUAUAUACGUAUGUAUAUGUAUAUAUGUGUGUGUAUAUAUAUAUUUUAAAUUAUUUUUAUUUCUAUAUAGAUAUAUUUAUAGUGAUAUAUACUCUGCCUGAAGAGGUGGUUUUGUCAGAGUCCAUACAGAUGUUUAAACAGCAUUUGGAUAAAUACUUAUGCAAUAACAUAACAUACAGGGAUAUAAUUUCUAAUUAGUGGGGUAACAGCUGCUUGAUCCAAGGAGACAUCAGCUAUUUUGGGGUCAAGAAGGAAUUUUUUCCUAGUUUGUGGCAAAAUUGGAAGCGCUUCAGACUGGGUUUUUUUCCUUCUUUUGGAUCAACAGCAAAAACAUUUGUGAGGAAGGCUGAACUUGAUGGACGCAAGUCUCUUGUCAGCUAUUUAACUAUGUAACUAUGUAUAUAUAUUUUUUAUUUAUUUAUUUAUUUAUUUAUUUCAUUUUUAACAUAUUUAUAUAUUUUAUAUUAUAUAUAUAUAUAAUAUAUAUAUUUAAUUAAUAUCAUUCUAUGUGUAUUUUGAUAUUAGUCUAUAUAUAAUUAUAUAUAUAUAUAAAUAUAAAAAUACACUUAGACAGUAUAUAUAUGAUCUACGUAUAUAUUAUUUUAUUUUAAACUUUUUCUAACCUUUAUUUACAUUUUUACAGGCAGCAGGGGGACUACCAGUCAUUCCAGGCACUCCCCCUGCUGGCACUGCUAUGGACGGCUAUUCCGUCCGUGUGAUCGCAUGGCAUCGCGAUCACAUGGCCCAGGGGGGCUGGAUCGGCAGCAGGGAGACUCCCUGGGGGGCCAGUUAAGUCCCCCCCAUUGCGAUCACCUGCGUGGGCUUGCUGGUGAGCAGGUAAGAGUAUAGGACAGCGUGGACGUACUAUGCCUCCCGUCGGCGUUUAGAGCCGGGUCCCCAAGUAUGGCAAAGCACGCCCGCCGUCCUUAAGGGGUUAAAUAUAUGUGUGUGCACAAUUAUUGGCACCCCUAUGAAUUUAUAUGAGAAAAAUAUAGUUUCAGUAUAUUUCCAUUAAUAUACCGUAUUUAAUCGAAUCGAAUGAGCCAUUGAAUCUAAAGCGCACCUCAAUUUUUGAAACCUGGAAGCUGAAAAAUGUUUUUGCUUGCGAAUGUAAUGCGGAUUUAUACAAGAAGAUACCACUAUACAACAUUGUGCUACAAUGAAAAUGUUUAUUGCCAUAUACCACAGUAACAUUGAUGUGUUACAUGUUAAGUCUAUUGUUUCUUAAGCCCUGUUUCAGGAACAAAGUUUGCCUGUGUGAAUUAGCCGGAAUGAAAUUUGCCAGUGAGAAUUCACAAGUUUUAUUUAUCCUUUUUUAAUUCACCUGUUUGAAGUCGUCUGUUUAAAUUCGUCUGUUUGAAUUCACCAGUUUUAAUUUGCUGGAAAAUUUCUAAUUUUCUAAAUUUCUAACAGGCGCCAUCGAUUCUAAUGCGCAUUCAAAUUUUUAUUUUCAAAAAAAAGGUGUGCAUUAGAUUUGAGUAAAUAAGGUAUUACAUUUUUUUUUUUUUUUUUUACCAAGAAAGCAGGAAUUGGUAAAUGGGACUGUAUAUAGUAACCUGUAUAUAUGUAAAUAAAAUAAAAAUACACUGUAUACCUAUUGCACUUACUGUACCUCCCUCUACUGUAAUGUAACCUGUAAAGUGCUGAGUACACCUGUUAGUGCUAUAUAAAUAAAAUAUACAUACACUGUAUACCUACUGCACUUACUGUACCUCCCUCUACUGUAAUGUAACCUGUAAAGUGCUGAGUACACCUGUUAGUGCUAUAUAAAUAAAAUAUACAUACACUGUAUACCUACUGCACUUACUGUACCUCCCUCUACUGUAAUGUAACCUGUAAAGUGCUGAGUACACCUGUUAGCGCUAUAUAAAUAAAUAUACAUACACUGUAUACCUACUGCACUUACUGUACCUCCCUCUACUGUAAUGUAACCAGUAAAGUGCUGAGUACACCUGUUAGCGCUAUAUAAAUAAAAUAUACAUACACUGUAUACCUACUGCACUUACUGUACCUCCCUCUACUGUAAUGUAACAUGUAAAGUGCUGAGUACACCUGUUAGCGCUAUAUAAAUAUAAUAUACAUACACUGUAUACCUACUGCACUUACUGUACCUCCCUCUACUGUAAUGUAACCUGUAAAGUGCUGAGUACACCUGUUAGCGCUAUAUAAACAAAAUAUACAUACAUUGUAUACCUACUGCACUUACUGUACCUCCCUCUACUGUAAUGUAACCUGUAAAGUGCUGAGUACACCUGUUAGCGCUAUAUAAAUAAAAUAUACAUACACUGUAUACCUACUGCACUUACUGUACCUCCCUCUACUGUAAUGUAACCUGUAAAGUGCUGAGUACACCUGUUAGCGCUAUAUAAAUAAAAUAUACAUACACUGUAUACCUACUGCACUUACUGUACCUCCCUCUACUGUAAUGUAACCUGUAAAGUGCUGAGUACACCUGUUAGCGCUAUAUAAAUAAAAUAUACAUACACUGUAUACCUACAGCACUUACUGUACCUCCCUCUACUGUAAUGUAACCUGUAAAGUGCUGAGUACACCUGUUAGCGCUAUAUAAAUAAAAUAUACAUACACUGUAUACCUACUGCACUUACUGUACCUCCCUCUACUGUAAUGUAACCUGUAAAGUGCUGAGUACACCUGUUAGCGCUAUAUAAAUAUAAUAUACAUACACUGUAUACCUACUGCACUUACUGUACCUCCCUCUACUGUAAUGUAACCUGUAAAGUGCUGAGUACACCUGUUAGCGCUAUAUAAAUAUAAUAUACAUACACUGUAUACCUACUGCACUUACUGUACCUCCCUCUACUGUAAUGUAACCUGUAAAGUGCUGAGUACACCUGUUAGCGCUAUAUAAAUAAAAUAUACAUACACUGUAUACCUACUGCACUUACUGUACCUCCCUCUACUGUAAUGUAACAUGUAAAGUGCUGAGUACACCUGUUAGCGCUAUAUAAAUAUAAUAUACAUACACUGUAUACCUACUGCACUUACUGUACCUCCCUCUACUGUAAUGUAACCUGUAAAGUGCUGAGUACACCUGUUAGCGCUAUAUAAACAAAAUAUACAUACAUUGUAUACCUACUGCACUUACUGUACCUCCCUCUACUGUAAUGUAACCUGUAAAGUGCUGAGUACACCUGUUAGCGCUAUAUAAAUAAAAUAUACAUACACUGUAUACCUACUGCACUUACUGCACCUCCCUCUACUGUAAUGUAACCUGUAAAGUGCUGAGUACACCUGUUAGCGCUAUAUAAAUAAAAUAUACAUACACUGUAUACCUACUGUACCUCCCUCUACUGUAAUGUAACCUGUAAAGUGCUGAGUACACCUGUUAGCACUAUAUAAAUAAAAUAUACAUACACUGUAUACCUACAGCACUUACUGUACCUCCCUCUACUGUAAUGUAACCUGUAAAGUGCUGAGUACACCUGUUAGCGCUAUAUAAAUAAAAUAUACAUACACUGUAUACCUACUGCACUUACUGUACCUCCCUCUACUGUAAUGUAACCUGUAAAGUGCUGAGUACACCUGUUAGCGCUAUAUAAAUAAAAUAUACAUACACUGUAUACCUACUGCACUUACUGUACCUCCCUCUACUGUAAUGUAACCUGUAAAGUGCUGAGUACACCUGUUAGCGCAAUAUAAAUAUAAUAUACAUACACUGUAUACUUACUGCACUUACUGUACCUCCCUCUACUGUAAUGUAACCUGUAAAGUGCUGAGUACACCUGUUAGCGCUAUAUAAAUAAAAUAUACAUACACUGUAUACCUACUGCACUUACUGUACCUCCCUCUACUGUAAUGUAACCUGUAAAGUGCUGAGUACACCUGUUAGCGCUAUAUAAAUAUAAUAUACAUACACUGUAUACCUACUGCACUUACUGUACCUCCCUCUACUGUAAUGUAACCUGUAAAGUGCUGAGUACACCUGUUAGCGCUAUAUAAAUAAAAUAUACAUACACUGUAUACCUACUGCACUUACUGUACCUCCCUCUACUGUAAUGUAACCUGUAAAGUGCUGAGUACACCUGUUAGCGCUAUAUAAAUAAAAUAUACACUGUAUACCUACUGCACUUACUGUACCUCCCUCUACUGUAAUGUAACCUGUAAAGUGCUGAGUACACCUGUUAGUGCUAUAUAAAUAAAAUAUACAUACACUGUAUACCUACUGCACUUACUGUACCUCCCUCUACUGUAAUGUAACCUGUAAAGUGUUGAGUACACAUGUUAGCGCUAUAUAAAUAAAAUAUUUUGGAAAAUAUUUAGUUUAUAUAUAUAUAUGAUAUUUUUUUUUGUUUUAAAAAAGUAAUUUUAAAAGUCUAUCCAAAAAUAUUAAAAUAAUUUGAAAACCUUAUCCAAAAAUAUUAAAUCAAGGCCUUAAUGCUAAUCAUUUAAAAGUCUCAUGCCACAUGUCCUUCAUUUUACACGUCUAGAAGUUCCAUGGUACCCAGUCAUCUACUGUCUGAUGUCAUAAAGGUGUCCGAGAGUUGGAGUGGACCUUUUUGUGACACAUGAAUUUUGGCAGAAAAAGAUCUUUUGUAUCAAUUGAAUUUGUAAAAUUUAUGCUAAAAUUGAAACAUUAAAUGAUGUGUGAAAAUUCUCCAAGUACACUGUAUUCCCAACUGCCAUAAAUUUCUUCAAAAUGUUCAAUCUUCAGUUUACCUUUGAGUGAGCGAGCCCCGGUUGAUGCUCCGUUAAAUAGGAGUGUACAGCAUUAAAAUGAGAUUUGGCUGUAUUCACAGGCCAAGGCCCAACCUGCUCUACAGCUGUUUCCAUCCCCAGACAUGAACAGAUUAGCAAUGCAUUGCGGAUACUUCUCCCUAGAGUUCCUAUUAAAGAAUACAAAAUGGUCGUCGUCCUGCUCUGUUCGACACCUGGUCGACAUUUCCACAUGGGAGAGUUCAGGAAUGCUCAGGAUAGAGACAUGUCUUUAUAACUAUUGUUAAUUCAAGUCAAUCAUCUCUCGGUGAACAAAUCCCAGAGAAUUCUAUUUUAUGAUCAAAUGUGCUCGCUUAACCCCUUAAGGACACAUGACACGUGUGACAUGUCAUGAUUCCCUUUUAUUCCAGAAGUUUGGUCCUUAAGGGGUUAAAAAGCCAGUGUGUAAAGGUAACUUUAUUUCAUAUUUAUGGAUCCCAUAUGGAAACACGUACUACAAUAUAAAAUGUUUAUUAGAGAUAAAUGUGAAAUAUCUGCCUUUUGUCCUGUAAAAGACAAUGAGAUGAAGUCAGCGGAAUCCUUGAGAGGCUCAUUCCUCUCAACAGGGGCCGAUGUAUCGUUCAUGUUUUCAUGCUACACAGGAUUGGAUUUUGUAGGCCAUGAGGGCUGGUGAUUAGACCAUCUCAUCUCAUAGACUGCAAAUUCGUUCAAGCAGGGUCCUCAAUAACGCCUUGUUUUUGUUAUAUCCCCACAUUAAAGGAGCACUAUAGCAUAAUGAAUGCAAACAUUUUUACUUCUAACCCUAUAGUGUCCUAGUGCCAAGUUAGAUGAUUGCCCCCAUCCCUCUCGAUUGAAGUAAGUAAAGAGAUUUACUUACCUUAACUCCAUCACCACGCAGGUCUCCUCGAGGGCUGAGAACACCAACCCAGUGCUAGGGCAGGAUUAAGAUGAAGGGGUCUGGGAGUCUUUAGUGAUCCUUAAAAUUUGAGAGAUGUUGGUGCUACAAAAAAGCCAGUAAUAGUAAGUAUGGGAAGAUCGAGUUUGGCCAGAGGAUAAUGUGAUGGACUCUAUACACCUACAGGAGAUGUAUCGAGGCAGGGUUCUGAGCAAGGUACGAGUUAGGCAGGGUAUCAAGCAGGAAGGUAGGAUACUGUUGCUACUUAGAAGAUACAGUUUCAGUAAUACAGCUGAUUGGAAGGAAGAAUAGUCUGGACUUAAUGGAGAAGAUUCAUUUGAAUGACGUACUAACAAAUUUCUUCGACUAGUUAGGAUUAUGUUAGGGAGGUCUCAAUUAGAUGUAAAGCCCUGGGAUAGACAAUUUCACAACUUCAGCUUGGCUUGGUGUCAUGGGCUCGUUGAUUAACUCAUAUAGGACAUGUGCAUCCACACAUGGGAACGAGGCAGAGCAAGGAUCGAAAGAGAAAUCUAUCUGAAAGAUAUGGUAUUGCUUUUAUUAUCAAUAAAUGUUCAAGUUAUCCUAGCGGUAAAGUCUUCAUUCUUCAUGAGUAAAGGUAGUGCUUUACAGUGAGGGAAAAAAGUAUUUGAUCCCCUGCUGAUUUUGAACGUUUGCCCGCUGACAAAGAAAUGAUCAGUCUAUAAUUUUAAUGGUAGGUGUAUUUUAACAGUGAGAGACCGAAUAACAAAAAUAAAUCCAGAAAAACGCAUGUGAAAAAAGUUAUAAAUUGAUUUGCAUGUCAACGAGUGAAAUAAGUACUAUCUAGUACUUGGUGGCAAAACCCUUUUGGCAAUCACAGAGGUCAGACGUUUCUUGUAGUUGGCCACCAGGCUUGCACACAUCUCAGGAGGGAUUUUGUCCCACUCCUCUUUGCAGAUCCUCUCCAAGUCAUUAAGGUUUUGAGGCUGACGUUUGGCACUGAAUCACAUGUAGACAGGAGUCCAAAUUCGUCCUGUCCUUUCCCACAUCCCUCCGUGCCAGGUGCAUGUUUUAAUUGGUUCUGUUAGGAACUGGGACUAAAUUUAGCGCCGGCUAGUUCCUUUACACAAUAAACACAAGAUUCAAGGCAGUGAAUUUCAGGUUUGAGGAGAAGAGUCAUUCCACGUUUUUUAACCAUUAGAGGGGGACUGAAUGAUUAACAUUAUAAACAAUUAUUCUCUCAUUUCUAAACAAGUCAAGGGGCUUUCAAAAUCAGUUUAAUUUUAGACGAUAAUGGCCCAUCUACUCCAGCUCUGGCACAGAGGGACACUUGGAAAGGAUAUCAUAUUACAGCUCCGUAAUGAAUACUGGAGAGGAAGCCACAGUAUGUCCUUCUCUGGGCACUAACCUCUGUAUUCCUCUUCUAGACCACCAAACCUAAGUGAUGUUUGUGACAGUAGUCACCAUCACUGGGAGUAUAAGAGAGACACUUCAUGUAGAUCCCCGGAGGACUGUUAUGUUUGUUGCCCUGUGCCCAUUAUAGGUGCAGGGUGUGUAUUAUUGUUAUUUGUGAAAUGUAUUGUGUGCUCUCUUGUCCUGCUGGUGUUCUGCACUGACUAGGUGAAUUUGGCUGUGGAGCCUGUGCAGCGCCACCUGAUGGUUGUGAAAGAGUGUGCAAACCUUUUCAGUGCCACCUGUUGGUUGCAACAAUUAUGUGCACUACCUGAAUGGUAAGGGUAGUUAAUUUGCAUAUUCAGAUAGUUUUGCAUAUUAUGGUUUAUGCAGGCAGGAGUUGCACUUCUUGUUAAUUUGUGUCUUCUUCACUCAUUUGUAUUAUAUUAUUAUCAGUGUCUGUAUGAUUCCCUAUAUGAUUUUGUUAUAAAUAUUGGACUGAGUGUAUCACCAUAAGUGUAAUGUAAUGGGGAUAGGAACUAGUCCUAAGUGUAAAUAAAGCAGUCUGUGUUAGUUCUAUUGGGAACUGUGUAUCGUGCCUAAUUUGUUCAGGGACCACAGUAACAAAGGUUUUGUCCCUGUUCACUGGGAAGAUUUAAGAAAGAGCUAGGCCUGUGAGCCACAAGUGCCUUUGUAAAGACCGUAGUUGGAGGCAGCACAGGCAAAGGUGUUGAUACCUGCCUGAGAGAGGAACAGAAGAGACAAAGGCAGAGUGGACAAUACCUGCCUGGAUGGAGAGUGCUGCUGCCUGGUCCAGUGGAAGAGGUCCUUAAAGACCCCAGUCCAGUUUCAGCGACUAGGUCUGAAGUGCUCCAGAGUGCCUGGUAGUAGAGAGGAAGCUGACCUUGUACUCAGUGGAGUACAGGAGCCACACUACAAUGUUGCGAGAGGGUGCAGAGCCAAGCUGUAUGGAAAGUGGGGGAAGCAAUGUUUGAGUCUAUGGCAAGCCUUGAAUGGGACUUUAACUCCCAACUUAUCCCUUUUAAGUUAUCUCAUGUUGCUGCAGACAUGAUCUGACACCCAUGCGGCUAAGGUUUGCAUAAAGCCAUUUUACUAACGUCGAGAAAUGUGGGUGAGAACUGGUGGACUCCAUUCUAUCUGCUCAGAUGGACCUCAUGUUCAUCUCGAGGGCCACGGAAAGCAGAAUGUUUUAUGAACAGGUGCAUGUUUCAGAUGCUCUAAAUCUUAAACUUUAGCAAAUCACUUUUCAAAUUCUUUUCUGCCCACCAAGGCCUGAGAGAACGUUUUUCUUAGCACAGUUACGAACACGGGUGGCGUGGGGUGCUGGUGGAGUUAAUGAUUCUGACAGUCACCGGUAAGAUGACACUCCAGCUGGCCGGCCGCCUGGGAUUUCCUUGCAGUCGUAUGGAAUCAUUUUUAACUGUAAGAGAAGCUAUGUGAAAUCCACUGACCCCCGGUGAGACACCUUCUAAGGGUUAUUGUAAUCAAUCUGCGGCCCAGUUAAAGUACUAUCCUAAAUAAAUUGUGUUCGCCACUUGUUUGAGCUCAGUCCACGUACAAUUCAUCCCUGCUUAUAGUGAAUGAGCUAUAUUACACUGUGACGGUAUGUCUACUAUAUCAUACAGUAUACAGCAUGCUUACUGUAGACAGAGAAGAAAAAUUAAAUGGAGGCUAGGGUUGUGCAAAGUUAGGAAAGAUAAAAUACCAUUUUUAUCAUACUUUUAUUAUUUAGUAUUUAUAAAGUGAGAAAAAAAUAAUUACUACGGUUUAGAUAUGUCAGUACAAAGGGAACGGACAACCGUUUUGUUUAUAACAAAAUCAGAAUUUCCGAACAGAAACAAUUCUAUGGCAUUUGUUUUUUUGUUUGUUUACUCCAAUUACCUUUUAAUGCUAAUCAACUUCCAUUUCCCAUGAUUCCCCUGCAAUAUAAUGACAGGCAAAGAAAGCAGAGUCCGAUGAUUAUGAGCUACAGGAAUUGAAUUUAAGUUAUUAAAACGAUCGGUUUACUUAAUUCAACUGGUAAUUUAAUAGUAAAAUUGUGAAAAUCCUACAAAACAUCACAAAUGGAAAUGUGUCAAUCCCACUUCAAUUCUAAAAAGGUUCAUUUUAUUAAGAAUUUUAUUUUAUUUAAGUAAUUCGUUUUAGAAUGUAAUAAUCAUAAUAUGUCAUUAUUUACUGAACCAAUUUCUGACAUGUCCUCUCAGUUCAAGCAGAUCAAUGAUUAUCCUGUUAUCUCUGUACUGGGAAUACGUUGAUCAUUAACUGAGGUUUUUGGGAAAUUUUGCAAUAUAUAUUUUUAUUUUAUUUAUUUAUUUAUUUACUGUGCCUUUAUUUCCCAAUCAAACUUCAGUGAGAGGACAAAAGGACAUGUUUAGCACACUAUGCACCAAUUCAUUUUUUAACUCGCUGAAGUAACGUUGUAUAAACCCUCGGGAUACUUAUUUUUGAAGCCAUGGGUUAAUAGUGUGGCAGAUUAUGACCAAUCGACCAGUCCAUCUUGUUCUUCCCGUGAAUUUGCUUGGCCUGGAGUGUUAACACCAACGUGGCUGGCUGUGCUCUUAAUCGUACUUUACAGAGGGCAGGUUUCCUGAGACGAAGCACUUUACGCUGACAGAUACCAUAGCUGCAGGAAUCCGCAGAGAUACGCAGGGACAGCUGCAUCUGUAAGUCCGGGAUUAUAACUGUAAUGGGAAAAAGCAGAGUCAGUGCUGGCUUGGAAUGAGAGUUCGCUCUGCGAUCAGGAGUCGCAGGUGACUAGAAGAAGCAAGGCAAAACUUGACAUUUGUUGUUGGGCAAAGAAAUAUCUUUGGCCUUUAUUCGCUGAACACCAAAUUGUAGUGAAUUGAAAACUAAACCUUACAAUUCAGUAUAAAAAAAGCCAAACUGUGACUACUGCAGUCAUAGUCUCUGCAAGUCAGCCAUUCGAGUAAAUUACGCAAUUCUGUUCAAUGUAUCCUAAGGCAGUGUUUGUAAAGUGCAUUAACCACUUUAUUGAACUUUGCAAAAGUUGUCUUUUGCUGAGCACACAGGGGCACAUAGCUCCAAAUUCAGAGUGAGAAAAAAUAUAUAUAUCAUUAAUAUAAUGCUUUUCUAAAACAUCUGAAUUAUUCAUUAAACUUCACUACACUGCACUACAUUAUUCUACAAUAUACUACACUAUUGGAUUUUUAUUUUUUUGGUCUUUCCAUAUUUUACUGUGACCCACAGUAGAUAUCAUAUCUUCAUUCAUGUCCAAAAGUGGGUAUUGUACCACUACACGCUGUUACUACCGGUGCUUGUAUGAUAGCUCCAGUAAGUGUGAGUGGGAGCUUACACAUUGUAUGGUGUAUGUUAAUGACUGAUUGUGUUACAUACUACACUAUCCAGAUCCCCUUCCUUUCUCCUUUUUUCUGCACAUGCAUCUUAUGAGAAUGGAUUCCACCACAUAAGAUUCAAGAUCAUCAGAAGAACGUUCGGACUAUUAUUUUAUAUUUUAUCUUGGUAUAUGUUUUCCCUUACCUCCAUAGGCAUGCGCACAGGUAGUGCAGGUUGUGCCCUAACAAGCAGGACCCGCCCUACGCCCCAUGUCUUUUUUUUAUCGCACCAUGUGUAUUAUUAAAUGCUGCUUAGGUUACCAUUGGUACCCACAAAUAGAGGGUCAAAUAUAGAUGUAUUAGCGGGCCUUAGAGUGGCCGGACUUAACUGUAAUAAAGAUAGAGACAAAUGUAGAAAUAGCCAAGGUCAGAAUAAUAUAAAUACAGAUAAACGAGGUCUGAAUUCCAGAAAUAGUCAACGUCACAUACAAGUCAAGGUCAAUAUCAGAAAUACUUACUGAGACUUACUGUGCGCACUAUAUGUGUACCAAGGUAGAUCAAUAUGGCCCUGAGUAACGGCCCAAACAAGCAUUAUAUAACAUAUGUUCUGAUUGGUCCACGUCAUAUCUGCGACUCCAAAAAGUAUGCAAAUGAAUCACCUAGGAGAAGUUGCCACUUUAUAUCCGAUGUGACGUUACACAAAUUCAUACUAUAUAAAGACUCGCCAUUCGAGCGGGCAGCGUCCAAAGUUCUAUGGGAAGUUUGAAGAUAUGGCUAAGCGGUGCAUUGGACCCGUGUGAACAGAGAGGAUGCAGUUCACCAGCAUUGAAUUGGCAAGUAUAAUAUUAUUCAGUUUCAUAUGUUUAAAGCCUGACGAUGGAAUGGGUUUGAUGUCGUGACACACAUACCCUAUGCUAAUCUCUCACUUUCAUUUCCAUAAUGCAAAUCCAUAACCCCUAACAGCAGCGUCUGGGCAAGCAGGAUGUUGGGCGGGGUAACAGGGUGGGCUGCUGACACAAAUCACAUAACCGGACAUGCCCAGAAAGGGGACGGUGUGCCCGACUAAUUAGAAUGUCAGUAUGGUGUGAAUGCAUGUCAGGCUUCUCACAAAUCAUGCAGGCCGGCCAACUAAGGGCAUACUGUGCAGACAGUACCCAAAGUUUGGCUCAAAUGCGUUUAAUGAUGCGCUAUCUCUACGCUUUCUAGGGACUGUCCCCUACCACUUGCUGGUCCACUCCUCUCCUCCUUCCAUUCUUUUAUUUUGUAUUUUUUAUUUUUAUUUUUAUUUAAUGGUUUUGCAUUGACAAAGAGAAUACACAUUUAUGCAGAAGAAAAACAAAAGCAUACACACACAUGUAGUGCACAUUGUUUACUAAAAAAAAAGAGAGAAAUCAGGAUUCUAUAUGUGCAUUUGACAAAUAUCGAUUACAAACAAAAAGGCGGUCAGCGCUCAUAUGUUACAGCAUUAGAUAUCUUUAUUAUUGAUUUUCAAUAGGGGAAAUAGGUAAGAAUGAAUUUUGGUUAUCUGCACAGGGGUGUGGGGACCAUUGUCCUACAUAAUGGAUCCAUCUUUCUAUCUUAUUUGUUUUUUUGCAGAAGGGGGGGUUAUAUAGAUAUUUUGCUUCUCCAAAACCAUUUGCAGGAUAAUUCGAUUUUUUAUAUGCGCCCAUGAAAGAACUAAUGGGUCGUUCCAUGAGCAAGCAAUCAACACUUUAAUCACAAUAAAAGAGUGGAUAAUUAGGCAUUGGUUUAAUUGGUCUAAAUUGGGCUAAUCUACAUGUAGCAAAGCCACAGUUGGAGUUUUAAAGAGGUUUUUAAUACCCAUAUCUUAUAAUAAAGCAAAUUUUCAAUGCAACGCUUUUUUAUACCCAUACAUCCCCACCAGAUAUGUUCAUAUGUACCCGCCAUUUGGUUACAUCUCCAACAGACCUGAGAAUAUGUUGGAUAGAUCUUGUGUAACCUGUCUGGGACAUAAUACCACCUGUUGGUUACUUUAUACAAUAUUUCUAUGUAAUUUAAACAAUGUAUAUUUUUUGUAACAUAGUGGAGAGCCUUGUACCAACUAUCUUAUCAAUAUUACAACCUAGUUCUUUUUUCCACUUAAGUAUUGCUGACGGAGCAGGGGAUUAUUGAGACUAAUCGUAUCAAGUCUAUGGCUUUGGAGAUGGUCCUUUUUACACCCUUGUAGUUAAACAAUCCAAGUAGAGGGUGGCACGGGUUCUUGAGUCUAUUGCGGUUAUUCCUUCAAUCCUCCACUAGUCCUAAUUCCAGAUGUGCUGCAUAUAGUGAAAGUAUUCCCUUUGUGCAGAGUUUCCCCAAUAUAAUGAAUGCAACCAGGCGUAUUGGGUAAAAGCAGCAAUCUGAACUUUAUUAGGCCACACUCAGCUUCUUAUGCAGUGCCCCUAGCAUGGGGUUUCUAAUACAAAAUCACAGGGGUUUCCUUCCCACAAGCCAUUGUGUUUGAGAGAUAGUUGAGCUCCAAUUAAGCUAAUCCAAUUAUCUCUCAAAUAGGAAAACUUACAUACAAUUUUUAUAUAUCACAAAAAUACAUGACAACAGCAUCAGAACCCCAUAAAAUAUUAUAUUCCCGAACAGCCCCGAUCUGAGCGCAUAACAUCUCCAAAAAGCACUCAGAUCGAUUUGGUAAAAUGGAAGUUAUGUUCGGGCAUAAAAGUAUGUGCACCCUUUGGAAUGAUAUGGAUUUCUGCACAAAUUGGUCAUAAAAUGUGAUCUGAUCAUCAUCUAAGUCACAACAAUAGACAAUCACAGUCUGCUUAAACUAAUAACACACAAAGAAUGAAAUGUUGCCAUGUUUUUAUUGAACACACCAUGUAAACAUUCACAGUGCAGGAGGAACUGGCUGCCUGGUGGAGGUGGUAUUGGAAAUUUCAUGAGGGGUUAAUUUGAUUGUAUGGGAGGUCAGAGCUUACAACCUGACUUCCUCUUUGAAGCUGGGACCCCUGCAGAACUACUCUGCAAGGUGUGAGAAGUCACACGUAAGUGGCCUGGAAAACUGGUUUCAGUAUAAACUAACUCUCUCAUUUGCCAUAGGUAAGGAAUCCUUUGAUAUGAACAAGCCUUGUGUUCCAAUAUCAUAUCCAAAAGUAGACAUGUGCAAUUCAUUUCGGUCCAAAUGUAAAUUUGGACGAAUUUCGGCAAUUCAGACUAAUUUCGGCAAUUCAGACUAAUUUCGGCAAUACGGACAUUCAGAUGCUUCCGAAUGUCGGAAUUGGCGAAUUUCCGAAGUGCCAAACCAGACCAAAUAGCCGAAGUGCCGAAUUUUGGAAGUGCCGACUGAAUUGCCGAAGUGCCGAAUUUCAGAAAUGCAGAAGUGCUUUGGAUUUCUGAAAAGUGGCAAAACAGGAGAGGGAGGGAAAAUUAAGGGAAUGAUGACAGCAAUCUAACCCCUAAUUCUACUCCUAACCCUACCCCUAACAUUAUACCUAACCCUACCCCUAACCUUAGGGGUAGGGUUAGGGUUAAGGGUAGGGUUAGGGAAUUGCCAAAGUCCCGAAGUGCUGAAUUACCGAAGUCCCGUAUUUCGGAAGUGCCAAAUCGAACCGAAUUGCUGAAGUCCCAAAUUUCGGAAGUGCCGUACCGAACCGAAGUGCCAAAAUGCUGAAUUGCCGAAGUCCCGAAUUUCGGAAGUGCCGAACAGAACCACAUUUUUUGCCCAUGCACAUCCCUAUCCAACAGAGACAUCAACACCCAUCCACAGAUUAAAUCUCUAGCCUCUUUUUUAUCAUAUUUAGAAUGGGACAAGCACAAUCAUCCAAUCAAGCCUAAACAUGAUUUGUGAACAAGGGGCCCCCACAGAAUCUGUUACCGAACAGAAGGGAACAAUUCCAUUCGAAUGCAGGGAAACAUAAGACGAUACAAAGUAUAAUAAAGGGAAUACAUACGAGGAGUAGCAUCUCCUGUGACAGAGGGAAACCAUGAAUAGGUGGUGAUCUCAAAACAUAGAUAUUUACACAACUUUUGAGUCUUAAAUAGAUAAAUAAUUCUUGGCUUGGUAGGGAGAAUUCCACUUGUAGUUGGGGGAAGGUUUUGAUAUUAUUUCCUUGUAUCAAUAGUUUCAUAUAGCCUAUCCCGGCCGUUAUCCAAGUUUUAUGUUAAGAUCCUUUAUAAAUUGUUCCAAUGUAUCUAUUUGGAGAUAUGACGGUAUUGUUUUGUCCACUUUCAUAGUUCUUUUAAAGGACCACUAUAGUGCCAGGAAAACAUACUCGUUUUCCUGGCACUAUAGUGCCCUGAGGGGGCCCCCACCCUCAGGGCCCCCCUCCUGCCGGGCUCUGGAGAGAGGAAGGGGUUAAAAUCUUACCUUUCUCCAGCACUGGGCGGGGAGCUCUCCUCCUCCUCUCCUCCUCCAUAACGACGUCAUCGGCUGAAUGCGCAUGCGUCUUCUCACUGUGAUUUUCACAGUGAGAAGCAAUGUGACGUCUUCUCGCUGUGAUUUUUACAGUGAGAAGCACGCAAGCCCCUUUAGCGGCUGUCAAUGAGACAGCCACUAGAGGCUUUAGAGGCUGUAUUAACCAUAUUACAAACAUAGCAGUUUCAGAGAAUUUAUUUAAAAAAAAGGGUUAAUCCUAGAUGGACCUGGCACCCAGACCACUUCAUUAAGCUGAAGUGGUCUGGGUGCCUAUAGUGGUCCUUUAAGACUUUCCCACUCAUAUAUUAGAUUGUUAACUACUAAGCUAUUCUAUACCCCCAAUGGCGCCGUCUGCAUCCUGUGCCAAACGGAUCCUCCCGCUACUCCUUGAAAAUCUGUGAAGGUGGAGCACGUUGAGGUCACAUCAGGAUGUGACGUGGCGUUGUGUGCCUCCGUGCACCUCAAGGUCCUCCACUGUCCAGCCACAGCCAUCGCAAUCCUUACCAACACACAUUAACAGACACACACACACUCACUGACAGACACACACACUCUCUGACAGACACACACACACACUCACACUGAGAGACACACACUCUCUGACAGACACACACCCACUGACAGACAGGCAGACACACACACUCUCUGACAGACACACACACACACUCACACUGAGAGACACACACUCUCUGACAGACACACACACCCACUGACAGACAGACAGACACACACACAUUUACACAUUCUUGCACACACUCAUGUCAUUUUAUUUAUUGCUCCCUACUUUUGGGAGCUGGUGUGGGGCCUCUCCCUGAUCUUCUCUCGGGAGCUCAGUCUUCCUGCUCCCUCAUGCGCGCAGUUUAGUGAUGCCGGAAUGACGUUAUAUUCCGGCACCCGGCAUCACUACAGACAACGCGCACGAGGGAGCAGUAAUGAGCAGUAAUGCUGCCGCCAGCAACCUCUCCUCCCGGUCGUGUAAUUUUGGCAGAGUAGGCACCUGCAAUGUGGGAUGAGCAGGUGGCUGCUCUGCUUUAGUAAGCAAACUCGUGGCUCGCUGGGCCGCAAACAUAUUCAUUGUGGGCCGCGAGUUUGACAUGCUUUCUCUUGCUACAGUUUUUCUGAAGUCACUUCUUCUGUAAUAUUGCGGAACUUUAAAUGCUGUCUUCUGGCUCGAUCCUCAUAGUCUGCCAACUUAUCUUCGAAGCUAGUGAGUUUUUGCUCUACAAUUGAUUGUGCUGUCUUUGUGUCCUGAUAUUUCAUCUCAAUUUCCUCCAUUUUGUCUUCCAGGAUACUUAGUCUGUUGCCUAUUGUCAUAAUUUCGCCUUUGAUUUCUGCUGCACUGGCUUUUAUUUCUUCUUUGAUUGUCUCUAUUAUAGAGAUAUAUUUCUCUUUUAGAAGUAUGGAUUUUGGUAGCAAUUUUAAGCGUUGAAAAAAGAUAAAUCGGAAAGAAAGAAAGAAAAAAAACCCCGGUAGCCAGGAGGACCCACUAAGGGAUAAGCAGGAUUGGGGGGUAAAGGGUAUAUGAACCCAGCAGUCAGUAAUAUUGGCUGUGUGAAAUAUCUUAUUUAACUUUGAUUGAGUUGGCUGGGUAAAAAGAUGGGGAACUCUUCAGGAAGACCUCACAGCUUUAUUUUGCUACCAAUGAUAUAAUGCAAUGUUGUCAGACUGAACGGCACUCGGUUUGGUGAUGGUUAUUAUAACUUGUCCCAAAGUUGCGCUGUCUCCCCCUUUCCUUUCGCUUUUCCUCCCUUUCCUUUUAUCCCUUCUUCGUUCCCUUUAUUCCUCCCUCUCUCUUAUUCCUUUUUCAUUAUAUAAAGGGAAUUUUUCUUUUUCUUUGAUUCUUAUAAUAUUUUAUGCAAAAUAGAGGUAAGCGAUGCAUAUAGCAAUCUGAGUGUAACUAAGAGAAGGUAUUGGUAUACUUAGCUUGUCACCGGACCUCUUAGCUUUGGCUUAGCUGUAUCCUGCUUCCUUUUUUCUGUUUAGUUUUCUCUGGCUGGAGAGGCCAAGUUUCUCUCCCCUCCCUUCUGGAUGUCGCCUCAGUCACUGCGCCCAGUCAAACAACAAUAUACAGGUAGCUCCAAGAAAAAUACUCAAUAGUAUUUAAUAAUAAAAACAAUAAAAUCAAUAAGAGCAAUUAAAAACCACAGGAUAUAAAAAGAGUCCACAAUAAAAUUUGAAAGAAUAAAAAAUACCAAAUGGUAAGGCAUAGUCUCAAAGGUGGCAAUAGGUCUUCUAGUCCUGGUAUGGGACUUUCUUGGUAGUUUUGCUUAAUAGCAGAAUAUGAAGAGGAAGGCACGUAAAAAGGAAAGGAAAAAAGACAGUGUAACGGUACCCUCAGCAUGAAAUGUACAAACCGCCAUUUAGUGAAUGCUCCCCGUUCGCAAUAACAUAGGCUGCAUGCGUAUCCAAUAUAAUCAUACGAACCGCUGCAAACUCACAAACGGGAUCUGUAUGGGCACUUCACUCCCCGAGCUCCAAAAUCACGAAUCGCCAAUAUUAGCCGAACGCAGGUAUCUCCCAAGCGGCUAAUAAUCCCAUCCAGCAGUCUCUAGUCGUCGGUAAUAAAUCCCCCCAAUAACGAGACCAAGCUCCGCAUUGAGGGUAAAACAAGAACUGGCUUUACUGUGGGCUACCUGCCCGUAUUUAUGCAGGUCUCCCACUUGGUGGACACUCCCCUAGGGGACCAAAUGGGAGACUGUGACAAUAGACAGAAAUAUGGCAGUUCAGGACCCACAGACACAAAAUAUUCCCAGCAUGCAUUAGUAAUUCCUCCCCUCUGCCCUGGAGAUAAUUGAGAAGUAAUUCAAUUAUCUCCAGGACAGAGGCAAUCGCCAUUUUAAAUUCAACACAUAAAAACAUAUAAAAAUAUAUAACUUUACAUUUGUCGAAUGCUACCCAUGCGUAUCACAUAUCCCCAGAUAGCCUGGAUCUGAGUGCAUAUUAUUGGCGAAUAGCGCUCAGAUCCCAUACGCAUAGUUCAAUCGCCAUGGAGUCAAAGUCUAUUACAGUUCUUCGGUAUGCGAUUGACUCCAUGGGAAGGCUAUCUGGGGUAAGUCCAUUCGUGCAUGUAAACCUUCCGAACGUCCGGUGUUCGCACACUUCUGUCGAUUGAGAAGGGAGGUCGGCAGCUUCAGCACCGCUGGUCUUUCGCAUGGUUUAAAAUGGCCGCCGCCUCGUGGUCGGCAUACGAAUGACGACCACCCUGUAUUCGGUUUUAAUUGAGAAGUGUCUGUGGUUAACCGCAACAUUCUAAUUGGGAUCAAUAGGUUAACCAGCAGCACACAUCUCUUCUGGGUGGCCGUCCGUUCGGCAGUUUUGUUCGGCGGAAAAGUCAAUUCACGAAACAGGGGCAUACGAAUGGGUAAUUUUGUGAAAAAGGCAAAACAGACGAAUCCAGCAAUCUUAGUCUAUUCAGAUGGAUCUGUCACAGACAGGUAGUGAGAUAGCCAAAAUCACUUAUUUUAACAACAGCAUAAAAACCACAACGCGUUUCUCCCCUUUCUCAAGUGGUAAAAAAUCUUGCGCCCAGUCAGGUGUAUUCUUUGCUCAUUCUGUUUUCCCAUGACCAUCCACCUUUGGCGUCCUCCGAGUCAGCGUGGUUUCAGCAUCGCUCGCCGACUUUCAUUCCUGCAUCAGUCUAAAUCUGCUCCCCCCUCAGAAUGCACGCGUACCCAACAGUAGUACCCAAGGAAGCCACCCUCCUGCACACAAUAGGAGCUAGCUACAAAUAUAAGAAGUAUAAGAUGUAUCCGUGUGUCAAGGUAUGUGUGUGUGUCACUGUGUGUAUCUGUGUCAGUGUGUGUAUGUGUAUCUGUGUGUCAAGGUGUGUUUGUCAGUGAGUGUAUCUGUGUCAGUGUGUGUAUGUGUAUCUGUGUCAAGGUAUGUGUGUGUGUCACUGUGUGUAUCUGUGUCAGUGUGUGUAUGUGUAUCCGUGUGUCAAGGUAUGUGUAGCGGAGCGGCAAUAUUAAAUCCCACGAUCUCCGCUGGUUAAGAAGGUAAUCCACAGUCAAGCGCUGAAAAGCAAGGCAAUAUCCCAAAUCCCCCAGUAACCGGACGAAACACAGUUCUGGGAGUCAACUGAGGUCUUUAUUUGCAGCUCCAGUAUUUAUACAAGUCCCCAUGCAAGGGGUUUCCAUACUGCCUUAGCAGGGGUAACACAGUAGGGGACUACAUGGGGGACUUCACAUUUUAGGCAUUUCUCCCAUCAGGCACUGCUGCACGAGAGGGAUCCUCCCACUGGAAUGUACUGUUAAGUGGAUUAUCCCUCCGUGCAGCAGAACCGGCAAUUUAUAUUAAAAUAAAUAACUUUUCGAAUAUUGGGUUGAUUUGCACGAAUGGAUGUUCGGUAGAUAGCUGGGGUCUGAGCACAUAAUUCGUGAGAUUACCGCUCAGAUCCCAGCUAAAACAACCGAACGCCGCACGAAAAACAUAUUCAUCCAAACAUACAUUCAAAAGACCGGGCAUACGGGGAGUAAAAUACUGAAAAGCCCGAAACUCCCGAACGGCCUGGAAGUCCAGCGGUGUUCAAGUCGUCGAGUAGCCAUUUUCAGUACCACGCGCUCGACGACCAACCACCGCUGGAGGAACAAAGGAUCCAAGAUGGCCGACCGCCGCGUGGUCGGUAGUCGAACGACGGCCACCUAGGAGAGCCUCUAAUUACCGAUUGCAACAUUGUUGCAAUCGACUAACAAGCGCCACACGUCUCUUAGUGUGUGGGCUAUUGCAGGAUAGUUUAUUCGGUUCACGAACAGCCCGCAAAGGCGCUGUUCAUGAAACGAAAUGAAAUACAGCUAUCUGCUUUCGGCAGAUAGCCCAUACAGGCAAUGCAAUCAUACGGUUUACAGUACAUUGCAACCAGGUACAUAUAACGUUAUAAGAACUAUACAGGCAACCCUUAAAGCCAUAGUCUCUCUGUAUUGUCCAAGUGGCUAGUUUUGCCACAGUAUGUGUGUGUGUCACUGUGUGUAUCUGUGUCAGUGUGUGUAUGUGUAUCUGUGUGUCAAUGUGUUUGUCAGUGAGUGUAUCUGUGUCAGUGUGUGUAUGUGUAUCUGUGUGUCAAGGUGUGUUUGUCAGUGAGUGUAUCUGUGUAAGUGUGUGUAUGUGUAUCUGUGUGUCAAGGUGUGUUUGUCAGUGAGUGUAUCUGUGUCAGUGUGUGCAUGUGUAUCUGUGUGUCAAGGUGUGUUUGUCAGUGAGUGUAUCUGUGUCAGUGUGUGUAUGUGUAUCUGUGUGUCAAGGUGUGUUUGUCAGUGAGUGUAUCUGUCAGUGUAUGUGCAUACAUUUCAUCAAACGCCAACACAACAUACAAACACACCCUUGCAAUCAAACAGAAAAUGUACAUACAAACACACCCCCUGCAUUCAAAUUACAAAAAAUACACAAACAGACCUCUUCAUUCAAACACCAAUGCUACACACAAAUGUACACACACAUUUAAAUGCCAACACUACAUACAAACACACCCCUGCACUCAAAUGCAAACAUUACAUACAAACACACCCUGUAAUAAUACAACAAGCUGUAAUAAUACGAUGAGCUAUAAUAAUAGAUGGAGCUGGAAUAAUACAAUAAGCUGUAACAAUAAACUGACUGCAAUAAUACAACGAGCUGUAUUAAUAAAUUGAACUGCAAUAAUAUAAUGAGCUGUAAAAAUACAAUAAGCUGUAAUGAUACCCUGAGCUGUAAUAAUACAAUAAGCUGCAAUAAUACAAUGAACUGUAAUAAUAUGAUAAGCUGUAAUAAUACAAUUAGCGGUAAUAAUAAACUAAACUCUAUUAAUACAAUCAUCAGCUAUGAUGAUACAAUAAGCUGCAUUAUUACAGCAUAGUAUAUUGUAUUAUUAGAACUCAGUCUGUUAUUACAUCUUAUUGUAUUAUUACAGUUUAUUGUAUUAUUACAGCUUAGUGUACUAUUGAAGCUCAUUGUAUUAUUAUGGCUUAAUAUGUUAUUAGAGCAUAGUGUAUUAUUACAGCUCAUGAUAUUAUUACAACGUAUUGUAUUAUUACAGUUUAUUGGAUUAUUACAGCUCAUGAUAUUAUAACAGUUUAUUGGAUUAUUAGAGCUCAUUAUAUUAUCACAGUUCCUGGUAUUAUUACAGCUCAGUUUAUUAUUACAGCUCAUUGUAGUGUUUAGUUUGCUUAGAGUUUAUGAAUGAUUUGACUAAUAGCAGGGCCCCUGGCACUCAGAACCUGAUCCAAGACAAAGAACUGAAUCACAUGGGUCCGUUCCUUCAUUCUUAGCUAGAAAUAGGUGCCAAAUGGUUAGAAUUACAGGCAGCAUUAGACAUUUGGUAAAAGAAAGUCAUUACUGGUUUUUCAAGACUGGCAGAUAGGCAGACAGACCAGAAAGACAGUCAGGUAAGACAGAUACUGGGACAGGAACACAAUCAGGUAAGACAGACAGUCACACAAACACACAGACAGGUAAGACAGACAGUCACACAAACACACAGACAGGUAAGACAGACAGUCACACAAACACACAGACAGGUAAGACAGACAGUCAAUCAGACACACACACAGCAAGGUAAGACACAAAACCAGGUAAGACACACAGUCAGGUAAGACAGACAGUCAAUCAGACACAUAGCCAGGUAAGAAACACUGCCAGGUAAGACACACAGUCAGGUAUAUUGUGGAUGGUGAUUAGUCGGAUAAGUGGUGAUUCCAAUCAUACAGGACUUAAAGCGGCACUGUCAUCGUCAUGGGACUUUGCAGAAUUUGCAAAUACUUACGACGGUGAAAUUGUCGAUGGGAGUGACAGGUAAAGCAGGGAAAGUCAAAAUCUCCUUACUUGAACAUGUCCUUUGUGGGUGCCGCUAUCUUCCUCCGACGGGUCCUCUUCAGCUCCUGGCCCUUCUGUGCCCAGAGACAACAUCGUCGCUGUACUUUUACGCAUUUUCUAAAGUACAGCAUUGAUGUCUAUGGAGGAUCCUGCUCCAUGGACAGAACUAAAACCCUGUCACUGGUAACGGCUGGGGUGAUUGAGACUGCUAGAUGAUUGGAGCUCCACCCGGGGUCUAUCUAUCUAUGUAGGAAAAAUACAUACUUUUUAGUUAGAAAUAGAUGAAAAAAAGAAAGACUAGUAGGAAAGAGGAAGAGAAGAGGAAGAGAUGCGGAAGAGAUGAAGAAGAGAUAAAGAAGAAGAGAAGAGGAAGAGAUGAAGAAGAGACGAGGAAGAGAUGAGGAAGAAUAGAGGAAGAGAAGAGGAAGCGAUGAGGAAGAGAAGAGUGUAGCGGAUGGUAUUACGGCUGCCCUAAAAGACUAUGUUAAAACUGCAAUUUGUGUGUUUAUUCUCCUGUAUAGUAUUCUCCUGUAUAUAGUAUUCGUAUGAUUGUUCGGUAGUUUCAUCCGUAUCCCAUACGAAUGAAAACUACCGAACCAGUAGACCACCCCAGAGAGAAGUGUGCACCUUAUUAGGCUUCACACUUCUUUAAUCGCAGGUUAAUUGGUACUUUGUGCCUGUAUCUGGGUGGCCGCCGCUUGGCAUACAAACACGUGGCGGCGGCCAUCUUACGCACGAAAACCUCAGCGGUGUUUGGUCGUCGAGUGUCUGUAACUCAAAUCGGACACUCAAUUACCCGAACACUGCUAAGACCUCCAGAGCUCCGUAACUCCUGAACGGAAAGGCUAAUCAGCCCCCUGUUCGGUGAGUUAAAAGUACCGAACAAGGGGAUUCAUGCGAAUACAAUGUUAAUAGUGGAUGUCGUGUAUUUAUGUGUAUUUUACCUCCCAAACGGAGACCGACCGCAGGACCAAAACACAUGGAACCCUUUUCGGCUACCACCUCGUGUGCGGUUGGUCAAAUUGUCCCUUCCACCUAACUCCCGAACCCCUGGUCUGAUCUGGGUGAAUUUUGGAUAUGUUGGUCACCCAGAUCAGGGCUACCACGGGGUGCCACUUGGCCCAUUGUACCUAACUGUUUUGGGGUACAUCCAGAAAUCUGGGAAAACUACAGCAUGUUUAAUGGGAUUAUAUGUCACACUGAGGGGAGGAGAUGUGUGGGUGGUAACUGUGACAUUAUUGGUUACUGUCCUAAUUAUGGUGAAUCCCUCCCUUGCAUGGGAGAAUGCUUUAUAAGGAGGUUGUGUGGAUUAAAAGUCAGUUCUGCUCCUGAUGCUGUGUGUCGUCCAGUCAUUGGGAUCUGUAUGGGAAUAUUUGUGGAUUACCUUGCUUGCUGGGAUUAUUACUCUACAGUAUUUUUAUUACUUGUUCCUGAGCCUCACUGGGAUCUUUAGUGGAGUUAACCUGUGAAAUACCAGCUCUCCGCUACAAAGAGGAAGAGAUGAGGAAGCGAUGAGGAAGAGAAGAGGAAGAGAUGAAGUGAUGAGGAAGAGAAGAGGGAGAGACAAGGAAGCGAUGAGGAAGAGAUGAGGAAGCAAUGAGGAAGAGGAGAGGAAGCUGUAGCGGAUGGCACUGGGCUGUCCUGGAAAUUGCAUAUGUUUGAAUGUAUUCGUGUAAAUUUCAGGAUUAUAUGUGUAUAAAUAACUUGUAUUCUUCUGAUUGUUCGGUAGAAUCAUUCUAGCAACUAAGGGAAUGAAACUACCGAACAGUCAGACCUCCGCAGUGUGAAGUGUGCCUUCAAUUACCCGUUGCAACAAUGUUGCGAACGGGUAAUUGACAAGCUGUGCAGUAGGUCCUUUGUUCUCAGGUUGGCCGCCAUUCGGGAAACGAACACGUGGCGGCGGCCAUUUUAAAACUCCCGAACAGCGGUGUUUUGCCAUCAAGUGUCUGGAACCCAAAUCGGACACUCGACUAGGCAAACACCGCUGAGACCUCCAUACGCACGAUACGUUCGCUUCCAAACUACUGAAUGGCCCCUCGUUCGGUAGAAAGAAACAACCGAACGAGGGGAUUCAUGCGAACCCUCCCUGAUCUCUGUUACCUUAGCCUUUUGUGCAGUUUGUUCCCUUAUACUGUGACCGACCGCAGGGCCCCAUCGCAUGGAACCCAAUUCGGCUCUUCUCUCCAGCGCGGUCGGUCUUUUCAUUACCUCCACAAAUUUCCCGAACCCCUGGUCCGAUCUGGGUGAUUUUUGGAUAUGUUGCUCACCCUGAUCAGGGCUACCAGGGGAUGUGCUAUUUAAAGGGGUUUAGGGGUACAUCCAGAAACUGGGGGAAUUUGUGUACUGUAUAAGGGGAUUAUGAGUCAGGCUGAGGGGAGGAGAUGUGUGUAGGUUACCAGAACAGGAUUGGAUACUGUAAUAAUUAAUGGAAAUCCCUCCCUUGCAUGGGAGCAUGCUUUAUAAGGCCACUGUGGAAAUAAAGGUUCAGUUCUGCUCCUGAUGCUGUGUGUCGUCCAGUUAUUGGGAUUGCUGUUGGGAUAUUGCUAUAUUGUUUUACCUGCUGGAAACCUUGCUUUAUGGAUUUUUUUAAUUAUUUGUUCCUGAGCCUCACUGAGUGGAGAUAACUUGUGGAAUACUAGAUCUCUGCUACAUUCUGCUUCCCCUUGCCCACAAGCUGGCAUACACAGUCUGAUCCAGCACGGAUCGGCUUGGGGAUGUCUGGGGGCUCACGGAUCACUUCUCCAGGUCAGUUUGUCUUGACAACCCGUCAGCAUUCCCAUUCUGUUUACCCGGGCAGUACUGAAUAUUAAAGUCAAAGGGCUGCAGCGCCAAGCUCCAGCGCAGCAGCCUGGCAUUGUCCCCAGCCACCCGGUUCAGCCAUACCAACGGGUUGUGAUCCGUGAGCAAUGAAAAGGGCUGUCCAUACAAAUACGGCUGCAGUUUCUUUAGGGUCCACACCACAGCCAGGCAUUCCUUCUCGAUGGUGACGUAGGUUACUUCGUGGGGUAGUAACUUGCGACUGAUGUAAGCCACGGGAUGUUCUCCGCCAUCGGCCCCGACUUGGCUCAGUACUUCCCCCAAUCCAAACAUAGAAGCGUCUGUGUGAACAAGAAAACGUUUAGUUGGAUUGGGAGCUGCCAAGACAGGGGCAUUUAUCAGUGCAUUUUUCAGAUGUUGGAAUGCCUGUUCACACUCCGGGGUCCAGGUCACCUGGCGGGGAAGAUUUUUCCGGGUCAGGUCGGUGAGGGGUUUGGCCAGGGCACUAUAAUUGGGGACAAACUUUCUAUAAUACCCGGCUGUCCCUAGAAACGCUAAAACUUGGGUCUUAGUCCUAGGGGUGGGCCACUGUGCCACGGCCUCUACUUUGGCUGGUUCGGGCUUUUGCUUGCCACACCCCACUCUAUGUCCCAGGUAUUGCACCUCGGCCAUCCCUAUAUUGCACUUGGCCGGUUUCAAUGUCAAACCAGCCUCCCUAAUCCUUUCUAGGACCACUCCAAUAUGGGCCAAGUGCUCCUGCCAAGUAUUGCUAAAAAUGGCAAUAUCGUCUAAGUAGGCACAGGUAUAGUCUUGGAACCCAUCCAGGAGUUGGUCCACCAUCCUCUGGAAAGUAGCUGGUGCAUUUUCAUCCCAAAUGGCAUGACUCUGAACUGGUACAAGCCAAAUGGGGUAACAAAGGCCGACUUAGGGAUGGCGUCUGGGGCCAGGGGAAUUUGCCAAUACCCCUUACACAAGUCAAUAGUAGUGAGGUAUUGGCCCCUGGCCAUCCUGUCUAGUAGUUCAUCUAUCCGGGGCAUGGGAUAGGCAUCAGACACGGUUUUCUCGUUCAAUCUCCUGUAGUCCACGCAGAAGCGAGUCGUACCGUCUCGCUUUGGUACAAGCACUACAGGAGAAGCCCAGGGACUAUCUGAGGGCUCAUUUACCCCCAGUUGGAGCAUCUCAUCAAUCUCCUUGCGCAUAUUCUCCCUCACCGCUUCAGGGAUGCGGUAGGGGGUCUGGCGCAUGGGUAGUUGCCCUGGGGUCUCUACCCGGUGAGUGGCCAGAGGAGUGUAUCCAGGUACAUUAGAGAACGUGUCUCGUUUCUCUUCCAAUAGCUGUUGUACCUCGAUACGCUCCUGUGUGCUCAGUCGGUCUCCCAGUGCAACCUCCCCUAAAUCUCCAGACAACUGCCCAUCUCCCAGCAGGUCUGGGAGAGGUAAGCUGUCAAACUCGUCAGAGUUGGGCGCACAUAUGGCGGUUACCUCCUCGGAGCACUCCUGGUAGGGCUUCAUCAUGUUCACAUGGAGCAUGCGUCGCCCUCCAGUCCCUGUGCAGGGGCCGAUUAUAUAGGUGGUGUCACAUCUCUGUUCCACCACCCUAUAUGGUCCCUGCCAGGCGGCCUGUAACUUGUCAUGUCGGACAGGUUUUAAAAUCAACACUUUCUGCCCGACCUGAAAGCUACAGUACCUGGCGCCCCGAUCAUACCAUUUGCGCUGGCGGGUCUGUGCCGCCUGAAGAUUUUCUCUUACCAUCCUGGUUAAUGCUUCCAGGCGGUCUCGGAAUGCCAACACAUAUGGUAUGAUGGGAGUGCCGUCUGCGCUCUGGUCUCCCUCCCAAUGUUCCCUAAUGAGAUCUAGGGGGCCUCUGACUCUUCUCCCAAAUAACAGUUCAAACGGGGAAAACCCUGUGGACUCCUGUGGCACCUCCCAGUAAGCGAAUAGGAGGUGCGGCAGGAAUCCCUCCCAGUCCUUUUGAGUCUCUGCGAAGGUUCGGAGCAUUUGUUUCAAUGUACCAUUGAACCGUUCGCAGAGCCCAUUAGUCUGGGGGUGGUAAGGAGCACUGAUAAUAGGCUUAAUGCCGCAGAUCCUCCAGAGGUGUUGGGUGACUUCUGCGGUAAAUUGGGUACCCUGAUCCGAGAUAAUCUCCCUGGGUAACCCCAUCUGGGAGAAGAUCUGCAUGAGGGCAUCCGCGACCGUUUCUGCGUGGAUGUUGGUCAGAGCCACCGCCUCUGGAUAUCUAGUGGCAUAAUCUACUACACUUAAAAUGUAUCUUUUGCCUGACGGGCUAGCUUUCUUGAGAGGGCCUAUCAAAUCUACAGCUAUUCUGCUAAAGGGUUCCUCAAUUAUGGGUAGGGGGUGUAGUUUUGCCUUCCUUCGGUCUCCCCUUUUUCCUACCCUCUGGCAGGUAUCGCACGUACUGCAAUACUUGCGCACUUCCUGGCUGAUCCCUGGCCAGAAGAAACUUUGGGUCAGUCUGUACCUAGUGCGACUGACCCCUAAAUGUCCAGAUAACGGAAUAUCAUGCGCUAUCCGGAGUAACUCUGCUCGGUACCGCUGCGGCACCACUAGCUGCCUCAUCACUAUCUGCUUGUCAGACUCCCAGUAUAGAAGCUGCUUGUCCCAGACAAAUCUCUCUCCCUCCCCCCCGGGUGAGUCAGUGACAACCUUGUCCCUAUAUACUUGCAGCGUGGAGUCAGUUAUUACUUCUGCUUCGAAUUCAUUAGUGGGGGCCCAGGGGACACACUCUAAGGAAGGGGAAGGGUCUCUUACCUGAACCUCCGGGAGUGUGUUGUGGUCCUGGGUGCGGGCCUGCUGUCGGGUGACCACAGGAUGAGCUUCCCCUGUGGUGGGUGUCUGGGGCUCAAAAGCAGUGAGCCUCCCCAGAUCAUUCCCCAGAAAAACUUCCGCCGGUAACUGCGGCAUCAACCCCACUUCCACGUUCCCUGACCCCGCUCCCCAAUGCAAAUGAACCCUUGCUGUAGGUAGCCGGUACACUGCUCCCCCGGCUACCCUGACGGCUACAGUUUUGUUGGUCUUGGCCUUAUCCGCGACCAGAUGACUUUUUACCAGGGUUAUAGUGGCUCCUGAGUCACGUAGUCCUUGGACCGCUUUCCCCUCCAAAUACACAGUCUGUCUGUGGUGCUGGCGAUUGUCCACAUUGGCCUGUACUGGAUCGGCUUCGUGGAGUACUUCCAGUUGCUCUGUAGUCGUGAUGGGAAUUGCUGCACCAUAUGGGGUCGUGCUCUCAUCCUGAUAGUAGUGGGUGGCUGCUCUCAGUGGUGGUGGUGGUGGUCCUGGUCGAAUCCAGGUGGACCGGUCUCUGAGCUGUGGACAUUCUCACUUGUAAUGCCCCCACUUCUGGCAGUGGUGGCAUUGCACAGAGCUGGGCUGUCAAAAUCUCGGUGGGGCAGUUGUUGGGGGUAGUGGUAGUUGUCGUGGUGGGGUACUGUGUUGUUGGGGUAGCCCCCCUCCGACUGGCCUUACAGCUGCUUUGAUUACCACUGGUUUGCGUUGCCUUCUCGCAUCCAUGUAAUCAUCAGCCUUUUUAGCUGUGUCUGUAAUAGAAGUGGGGUUACGGUCUCUUACCCACUCCUGCAGGUCUGCGGGUAUCCCGUCAUAAAAUUGUUCCAGUAGCAGCAUUUGUAAUAGGUCCUCCAUGGACCAUGCCUGGUUCGCUUGCACCCAUCCGAGGGCUGCCCGUUGUAAUCAGCAAGCCCAUUCGGCAUGCAAAUCUUUAUCCGCCUUUUUCAAUUCCCAGAAGCGCCUCCGAUACGCUUCUGGGGUAAUAGCAUAUCGGGCCAGAAUGACUUCCUUUACCCGGCUAUAGUCUCUGAUUUUCGUAUCUGGUAUAGUACGGUAGGCUUCAGCAGCUCUCCCUGUCAACCGUCCUGCCAAGAUGGGGACCCAAUCCUCCCUAUUUAUUUUAUGCAGCAUACCCAGUCUCUCAAAGUCCUGGAGGAAUGCGUCUAUAUCCUCUUCGGCCUCCACAUACAUUUUAAAUGCUUGGUAAGGAAUUUUUGUCUUACCCUCUUGUACUGUAGAUACCGCUGUGUUUCUCUCUGGUGUUUGUGGCCCUCUUUGCCGCAUUAUAAAUUCCUGGACCUCUGUCAUUGUCUUGGAGAUGAUUUCUAUCGGUGGGUUCUCCCCAUAAAGUGACAGUCUAAAUUGGAGCUGUCUUUGGAACUUUUCCUGCUCCGUUCUCUCUGUUGCCUCCCUCUGUUCGUUAACCGAAUCCUCCUCUGUUCGGUACUCUGCUAUUACUUCCGAAAUAAGUGUUGCUUUUGUCUUGUUGCUGGCUGGAAUACCUCUUGCUUCCAGAAGAUCUUUCAGUGUGGAUCGCUUUAAUGUGGAGUAAUCAAUCUCCAUCAAUCCUUGUUCCUUUGUGAGUCUGGAUCCCAGCGCUGCCAACCAAUCUAGCGGAGAUCUAGUAUUCCACAAGUUAUCUCCGCUUAAGAUCCCAGUGAGGCUCAGGAACAAAUAAUUAAAAAAUCCAUAAAGCAAGGUUUCUAGCAGGUAAAACAAUAUAGCAAUAUCCCAACAGCAAUCCCAAUAACUGGACGACACACAGCAUCAGGAGCAGAACUGAACCUUUAUUUCCACAGUGGCCUUAUAAAGCAUGCUCCCAUGCAAGGGAGGGAUUUCCAUUAAUUAUUACAGUAUCCAAUCCUGUUCUGGUAACCUAAGGGAACAAACUGCACGAAAGGCUAAGGUUACAGAGAUCAGGGAGGGUUCGGUAGUUUGGAAGCGAACGUAUCGUGCGUAUUGAGGUCUCAGCGGUGUUUGCCUAGUCGAGUGUCCGAUUUGGGUUCCAGACACUCGACGGCAAAACACCGCUGUUCGGGAGUUUUCGUUUCCCGAAUGGCGGCCACCCCGAGAACAAAGGACCUACUACACAGCUUGUCAAUUACCCGUUGCAACAUUGUUGCAACGGGUAAUUGAAGGCACACUUCACACAGGGGAGGUCUGACUGUUCGGUAGUUUCAUUCCCUUAGUUGCUAGAAUGAUUCUACCGAACAAUCAGACGAAUACAAGUUAUUUAUACACAUAAUAUCCUUCAAUUUACACGAAUACAUUCAAACAUAUGCAAUUUCCAGGACAGCCCAGUGCCAUCCGCUACAGAAGCGAUGAGGAAGAGAAUAGGAAAAGACAAGGACGUGAUGAGGAAGAGAUGAGGAAGAGACAAGGAAGAGAAAAGGAAGCGAUGAAGAAGAGAUGAGGAAGCAAUGAGGAAGAGAAGAGGAAAAGACAAGGAAGCGAUGAGGAAGAAAUGAGGAAGAGACAAGGAAGAGAAGAGCGAUUGGGACGAGGUAAGAACGAUGUGACACUGCCCUUUAAAGAUAUAACAAGACAACAAGGUGGAACAAGAGUAAGUGUUCAGAUCCAGCAGGUGAGAGAAUAUUUACAUAUAACGAAUCACACAGUGCUAUCGCUGAGGUUAUAACACAUGCAAUCUUUGAUUUUAAUAAUCAUAAAAUGCUGACGUUUCCUUUAAGCAAGUCCAACCGUUGUACAUGACAUCAUUUAAACUCUGGCGAGGGAUGUGAGGCUAGCUCCUUGAACUUACAAAGUAAGCAGAAUCUCAGUGUGACGGCUACGGAGGGGAUCUGGGAGUUUCAUGGUAAUGGACAUCUGUAACGGCUUUCUGCUGACAUCUGGACAACUUGCUCUGGAAGGAAAUGCUUCCUAAAUCUUGGGAGAGCAAUUAGUGGAUCUCGGCAGUGUGAUGGGCCAAGCAGCCUCCCAUUCCCAGCUGUGAACGCUCUGUGUGCAGCAGGUGGACGGACAGGCGUUCACUCUCUCUGCAAGAAUUAACUUCCCAUUAACUCAGCGUAACGCUCUGUGAUACAAGGAAAAUUAUAGAAUCCAGUGCUUUAUAUUAGGAAAGAAAAAAAAUAUGUAUAUCCAGAACCCUUAGACAAGAUAAAAUAUAAUUAUAUAAAUUACUGUCUCUGUAUAUAUCUAUCUGUCUAUCUAUCUAUCUAUCUCUCUCUCUUGCUAUCUAUCUAUCUGUCUGUCUAUCUAUCUAUUUAUCUAUCUAUCAAUAUCUAUCUAUCUAUGUAUCUAUCUAUCUAUCUAUUAAUCUAUCAAUCAAUAUCUAUCUAUCUAUCAAUAUCUAUCUAUCUCUCUAUUUCUCUCUCUCUCGCUAUCUAUCUAUCUAUCUAUCUAUCUGUCUGUCUGUCUAUCUAUCUAUCUAUUUAUCUAUCUAUCUAUCUAUCAAUAUCUAUCUAUAUAUUUUCUAUCUAUAUAUUAUCUAUCUAUCUAUUGUCUGCUUGUGUGCCUGUCUGUCUCUGCCUCUCUAUCUCCCGCUAUCUCUGUGUCUGUCUCUCUAUGUCUCGCAGUCUCUGUGUCUGUGUUUCUAUCUCCCAUUGUGUCUGUGUCUGUAUCUCUAUCUCCCUCUGUCUCUGUGUCUGUCUUUCUAUCUCCUGCUGUCUCUGUGUCUGUAUCGCUAUCUCCCUCUGUCUCUGUGUCUGUCUUUCUAUCUCCCGCUGUCUCUGUGUCUGUCUCUCUAUCUCCCGCUCUCUCUGUCUCCCACUGUCUCUGUCUCUCUAUUUCCCUAUGUCUCUUUGUCUGUCUUUCUAUCUCAUAGAAACAUUGAAACAUAGAAUGUGACGGCAGAUAAGAACCAUUCGGCCCAUCUAGUCUGCCCAAUUUUCUAAAUACUUUCAUUAGUCCCUAGCCUUAUCUUAUAGUUAGGAUAGCCUUAUGCCUAUCCCACGCAUGCUUAAACUCCUUUACUGUGUUAACCUCUACCACUUCAGCUGGAAGGCUAUUCCAUGCAUCCACUACCCUCUCAGUAAAGUAAUACUUCCUGAUAUUAUUUUUAAACCUUUGUCCCUCUAAUUUAAGACUAUGUCCUCUUGUUGUGGUAGUUUUUCUUCUUUUAAAUAUAGUCUCCUCCUUUACUGUGUUGAUUCCCUUUAUAUAUUUAAAUGUUUCUAUCAUAUCCCCCCUGUCUCGUCUUUCCUCCAAGCUGUCUUUGUGUCUGUCUCUCUAUCUCCCAUCUGUCUCUUUGUCUGUCUUUCUAUCUCCGCUGUCUUUGUGUCUGUCUCUCUGUCUCCCGUUGUCUCUGUGUCUGUCUCUCUGUCUCCCGUUGUCUCUGUGUCUCUGUGUCUCUCUGUCUCCUGCUGUCUCUGUGUCUGUCUCUCUAUCUCUCUAUCUCCCUCUGUCUCUUUGUCUGUCUUUCUAUCUCCCGCUGUCUUUGUGUCUGUCUCUCUGUCUCCCAUUGUCUCUGUGUCUGUCUCUCUGUCUCCCACUCUCUGUGUAUCUCUGUCUCCUGCUGUCUCUGUGUCUGUCUCUCUAUCUCUCUAUCUCCCUCUGUCUCUUUGUCUGUCUUUCUAUCUCCCGCUGUCUCUGUGUCUGUCUCUCUGUCUCCUGCUGUCUCUGUGUCUGCCUCUCUAUCUCUCUAUCUCCCAUCUCUCUCUGUCUGCCUUUCUAUCUAACGCUGUCUUUGUGUCUGUGUCUAUCUCUCUGUUUCCCGCUGUCUCUGUGUCUGUCUCUCUGUCUCCUGCUGUCUCUGUGUCUGUCUCUCUAUCUCUCUAUGUCUCUUUGUUUGUCUUUCUAUCUCCCGCUGUCUUUGUGUCUGUCUCUCUGUCUCCCGUUGUCUCUGUGUCUGUCUCUCUGUCUCCCACUAUCUCUGUGUCUCUGUCUCCUGCUGUCUCUGUGUCUGUCUCUCUAUCUCCCUCUGUCUCUUUGUCUGUCUUUCUAUCUCCCGCUGUCUCUGUGUCUGUCUCUCUGUCUCCUGCUGUCUCUGUGUCUGUCUCUCUAUCUCCCAUCUCUCUCUGUCUGUCUUUCUAUCUAACGCUGUCUUUGUGUCUGUGUCUGUCUCUCUGUUUCUCACUGUCUCUGUGUCUGUCUCUCUGUCUCUGUGUCUGUCUCUCUAUCUCUCUAUCUCCCUCUGUCUCUUUGUCUGUCUUUCUAUCUCCCGCUGUCUCUGUCUCUCUGUCUCCUGCUGUCUCUGUGUCUGUCUCUCUAUCUUCCUCUGUCUCUGUGUCUCUCUUUCUAUUUCCCGCUGUCUCUGUUGCUGUCUCUCUGUCUCCUGCUGUCUCUGUGUCUGUCUCUCUGUUUCCUGCUGUCUCUGUCUUUCUAUCUCCCGCUGUCUCUGUGUCUGUCUCUCUGUGUCUCUGUCUCCUGCUGUCUCUAUGUCUGUCUCUCUGUCUCCCGCUGUCUCUGUGUGUCUCUCUCUCUCUAUUUCUGUACAUUGGGGGUAGAUAAGGGGAAGUUAGGAUCCUGAAAGCAGCUGUUUUGCUGCAAAGAACAGGCUACGUUUGUUAGCGGAUUUAAUACUUGUAGUUUAACCUGUAUAUUUACAUAAAUCUGGAGGGUUUUUCUUCGACUAAGCGAGAUAGGGGUGUGGAAAUUAAGUUGGAGCAAGUUUAUGGUGCGCUACGAGCAUUGGUGGCACACAGAGAGACAGACACAGAGACAGCAGGAGACAGAGAGACAUACACAGAGACAGCAGGAGACAGAGAGACAGACACAGAGACAGCGGGAGAUAGAAAGACAGACAAAGAGACAGAGGGAGAUAGAGACAGACACAGAGACAGCAGGAGAUAGAGAGGCAGACACAGAGACAGCAAGAGAUAGCGAGACAGACACAUAGACAGCAGGAGACAGAGAGACAGACACAGAGACAGCAGGAGACAGAGAGACAGACUAGACAGAGGGAGAUAGAGAGAUAAACAAACAGGGCUAAAAACUGAGGACUUGUCCAUCGUGGGGGCUAUGUGUGGGAACUGCUUCAUUGACAAUUUCCCAAAAAAUAUGCGAAUUAUGAGGUCACCGAGCGCUGCUUGUCAGCUGGACACUGACAGAUGCCUGCAGCUGAGGUCAGAACUUGCUGGAAUAAUGCUUGGGAGCCUAGGUGGCUUAAUAACGUCUGGUCUUACAAUAUACCCAACACCGCGUAACAAAAUCUAACAUGGAACGGACGCUGGGUUCUAUUAGACAAAAUCAUUAGCAAAUGAUGUGUUUAUUUAAUGGGAACAUAUACUCCUGUAAAUAAAAAUCGGGGUUGUGGGUUCACUUCUGACCACCCCACUUUGUGUUUAAGUAAAAUAAACAUUAACUACCUAGUUUCCAGUCCCAGGACUCCUCUGCUGCAUUGAGAUGAAGUGAUCUGGGUGACUAUCAUGAUCCUUAAGGCCAAGGGCUAGGUUAGGCGAGGGUGGGUGUGUAAUAUUAAAUACGGAACAAAUAUAUUUAUUUAUUUAUUAACGUGAAAUAAUAUUUGUUAACCACUAUAAUACGCUACCAUGAUUAUACCACUAUAUAUACGCUACCAUGAUUAUACCACUAUAUAUACGCUACCAUGAUUACACCACUAUAUAUACGCUACCAUGAUUAUACCACUAUAUAUACGCUACCAUGAUUAUACCACUAUAUAUACGCUACCAUGAUUACACCACUAUAUAUACGCUACCAUGAUUAUACCACUAUAUAUACGCUACCAUGAUUACACCACUAUAUAUACGCUACCAUGAUUACACCACUAUAUAUACGCUACCAUGAUUACACCACUAUAUAUACGCUACCAUGAUUAUACCACUAUAUAUACGCUACCAUGAUUACACCACUAUAUAUACGCUACCAUGAUUACACCACUAUAUAUACGCUACCAUGAUUAUACCACUAUAUAUACGCUACCAUGAUUAUACCACUAUAUAUACGCUACCAUGAUUAUACCACUAUAUAUACGCUACCAUGAUUAUACCACUAUAUAUACGCUACCAUGAUUAUACCACUAUAUAUACGCUACCAUGAUUACACCACUAUAUAUACGCUACCAUGAUUACACCACUAUAUAUACGCUACCAUGAUUACACCACUAUAUAUACGCUACCAUGAUUAUACCACUAUAUAUACGCUACCAUGAUUAUACCACUAUAUAUACGCUACCAUGAUUAUACCACUAUAUAUACGCUACCAUGAUUAUACCACUAUAUAUACGCUACCAUGAUUACACCACUAUAUAUACACUACCAUGAUUAUACCACUAUAUAUACACUACCAUGAUUAUACCACUAUAUAUACGCUAACAUUAUUAUACCACUCUAUAUAUACGCUACCAUGAUUAUACCACUAUAUAUACACUACCAUGAGCACUGAGAUACUCUUAUAAAUGUGACUGUGAUAUAAUGUUUGGCACUAUUUGUCCAUUGUGCAUAUUACACCAUAUCCAGUUAUUUAUUUCGUUUUUCACAUAUCAUUGGUGACCACACUGCAAUCAGGAAUCAAUAUUUAAUUGUGUCUAUUGUUAUACACUGAUCAGCCACAACAUUAAAACCACUGACAGGUGAAAUGAAUAACAUUUACAAUGGUACCUAUCUAGGGGUGGGGGAUAUUAGGCAGCAAGUGAACAGUCAAUUCUUGAAUUUCACGUGUUAGAAGCAGGAAGAAUGGGAAAAUGAAAAGAUCUGAGUGACUUUGAAGAGGGACAGAUAGAGAUGGAUAGAAGACUGGGUCAGAGGAUCUCCAAAACGGCAAGUCUUGUGUGAUAUUUCCAGUCUGCAGUGGUUAGUACCUACCAAAAGUGGUGCAAGGAUGGACAACUAGUGAACCAGCGUCAGGGAUAUGGGUGCCCAAGGCUCAUUGAUGCACGUGGGGAGCAACGGCUAGCUUGUCUGGUCCAAUCACACAGAAGUGCUACAGUAUCUCUAUUUGCUGGGGGCGGGGGGUGGGGAGGAUUCUGGCCAUGAUAGAAAGGUGUCAGAACACACAGUGCAUCGCAGUUUGUUAUUGUCAGAGAGAGCCCAUGAUGAGCCUUGUCCACCUCCAAAGGUGCCUUCAAUGGGAAUGUGAGUGUCAGAGCAGGACCAUGGAGCAAUGGAAGAAGGUUGCCUGGUCUGAUAAAUCACGUGUUCUUGUAGAUCAGGUGGAUGGCCAGGUGAAUGUGCACCACUGAGAUGGCAGCAGGAUGCACUAUGGGUAGAAGGCAGGACGGCAGAAGCAGUGUUAUGCUCUUGGCAAUGUUCUGCUGGGAAAGUCCUGCCAUUCAGGUCGAUGUUACUUUGACAUGGACUGGCUACCUACAGAUUGUUCCAGACCACAUACACACCCUCGUGGUAAUAGUGUCCAUGAAGGCAGUGGCCUCUUUCAGCAGGAUAAUGCACCCUUUCACACGCAAGAAUUGUUCAGGAAUGUUUUGAGGAACAUGACAAAGAGUUCAAGGUGUUGCGUUGACCUCCAAAUUCCCAGAUCUAAGUCCGAUGGAGCAUCUGUGGGACUUGCUGGAACCGUUCCAUGGAGGCCCCAAAUCCGAUCCAUGGAGGCCCCAACUGGCAACUUGAAUUGAAAUCAGAAUCAAAAUAUUUAGGUUGUCUCUGAUUCUGACUGCUGAAUAUUUGUGCUUUUUAAAGCCUCAUUCUGGUUUACAAUACACCAUAAUUUUGAGUUAAGAAAAUAGACCACAGCGUGCUUUGUACAAACCUGUCCCUUAUAGAUUGAAUUUAUUUAUUAUAAAGGAACGUGUGUUUUGAGGGCUCCUGUUUCUUGUGUCCCAGCCUUGUUUUUUUUACACUCUUUACAGUAAUAUGAUUGAUCAGACGAGAUAGCUCAGUAGACAGAGCUCUACCUGCAGUAACAGGGUCACCGGUUCAACUUCAACUCGGUUUGUCAUCCUUCUAAGGACGAUAAAAAUUACCAUCAAGUUGGGUAAUCGUAACAUUUGUCAGACACAUCAAAACUGUAACAAACAAAAUGUUCCUUUCUUAUGAUUUUAUGGCUACUUUAACAAUGUUAAAAAAAAUAAUAAUUAUAAUUCUGCUCUGUAGAAUAGAUUUACCAGAACUGUAUCCUCUUAACAGUACAGGCUCUGACUACAAGUCUGAUCAGAUUCCCCCUAACUGGCAGGUCCCCUUAACUUAGAGAUCUCCCUAACCGGCAAGUCCCCCAAACCUCAAAAUCCCCCUGACUUGAAGAUCCCCCUACUCUGCAGGUACCACUAACUUGCAGAUCCCCUUAACCUGCAGAUCCCCCUAACUUGCAGGUCCCCCUAACAUGAAGAUCCCCUAACUGGCAAGUCUCCCUAACCGGCUGGUCCCCUAACCUGCAGGCCCCCCUAACCUCAGAUAAGCAUAUAAACAACAGACAUCCUGUUAUUUGUAAAAGUGACGGAACAUAUUCUGCGUUUUUUUAAUGUUGUCCAGGCUUCCUCAGUCAGGGCAUUAUCUUUGCCUUUUUAGCCUGUCACGUCAAAGAAUGCAUGGCUAAUAACACACAGCUGGGACUCUGCUAACUAUACACGUAUAGAGGGAUGUACUAAGAAUAAGGUAAAGCUAGUCACAAAUGGUCCAUUUCUGCCAGUACACGAGAUAAUUAACCACAGAAUGAACAAAUUAGACAUUUGUGUGAAAAUCUAAAGAAUAUAAAUAAUAUUAUUUAAGAAUAAUCAAUUAUUAAAAUAUUACUUAAUAUUUUCAGUCUCAUUCCAAUGUUAGAUUUUUUGCCAAACUUUCUUUAGCCCACAGAGGAGGGUUUUCGAGACCUCUGCCAUCUCUGUAGUGCCACGUUGGACACACCUGGCACAGAUGUUUAAAGCGCCACCGAUAACAGAUUUUACUCACUUCUACUGAUUUUUCUCAGUGUAUAAUUCAUGAAGCAGAGAGAUGAUAUUCCACAGGUUACCUCCACUCAAAAUCCCAGUGAGGCUCAGGAACAAGUAUUAAAAAUCCAUAAGGCAAUAAUUCCAGCAGGCAAGACAAUCCAACAAUAUCCCAACAUCAAUCCCAAUGACUGAACGACGACACAGCAUCAGGAGGAGAACUCAAUGUUUAAUCACACAACCUUCUUUUAAAGCUUUCUCCCAUGCAAGGGAGGGAUUUACAGUAAUUACAAAAUACACCAAUCACACACGAGUUGCCACCCACACAUCCCCUCCCCUUAGUAUGACACAUAAUCCCAUUACGUAGGACACAGUUCCCCUUGUUUUUCCCCUUGUUUUCUGGAUGCACCCCUAAACAUAGGGGUACCCCUUUAAAUAUUACAUCCCCUGGUAGCCCUGAUCUGGGUGAGACACAUAAAAAAUCACCCAGAUCGGACCAGGGGUUCGGGAAAUUCCUGGAGGUAUUAAAAAGACCGACCGCGCUGGAGUUAACAGCUGAAAAGGGUUCCAUACAUUUUGGCCCUGCGGUCGGUCACAGAAAAGGGAAUGAAACACACGAAUGGCUUGGAUUAUGAGAACUGGGGAGGAUUCGGGUAAAUCCCCUUGUUCGUGGGGUUCUUUCUACCGAACGGGGAGCCGUUCAGUAGUUCUUACACGAAUUGGCGGCAGUAUGGAGGUCUCAGUGGUGUUUGCCUAACCGAGUGUCCGAUUUGGGUUCCAGACACUCGACGGCAAAACACCGCUGUUCGGGAGUUUAAGAUGGCCGCCGCCACGUGUUCGUCUCCCGAAUGGCGGCCACCCAGAGGAUGAAGUACACACUACAUGAAUUGCCAAUUACCCGUUUGCAACAUUGUUGCGAACGGUAAUUGGAGGCAUACUUAUUCCUGGGGUGGUCUGAUUGUUCGGUAGUUUCACUCGCAUAAUAACUGGAGUGAUUUUACCGAACAAUCAGACGAAUGCUUUAUAAACUUGACAUACACAUGGCAAAAUUAAACUGAAAUAUACAUAAUUCUGAGGACAGCCCAAUGCCAUUCACUACACUACUCCCCCUUGCCCACAAGCCGGCAUACACAGUCUGAUCCAGCACGGAUCGGCUUGGGGAUGUCCGGGGUGCUCACGGAUCAUUUUUCCAAGUCGGUUUGUCUAGACAACCCAUCAGCAUUUCCAUUUUGUUUGCUCGGGUGGUACUGAAUGUUAAAGUCAAAGGGCUGCAGCGCCAAACUCCAGUGCAUCAGCCUGGCAUUGUCCCCAGCCACCCGGUUCAGCCAUACCAACAGGUUGUGAACCGUGAGCAAGGAAAAGGGCUGUCCAUACAAAUACGGCUGCAACUUCUUUAGGGCCCACACCACAGUCAGGCAUUCCUUCUAGAUGGCAGCAUAGCUUCCUUCUCUGCUAUCGGCCCCGACUUGGCUCAGCACUGCCCCAAUCCAAACAUAGAAGCGUCUGUGUGAACAAGAAAACCUUUAGUUUGAUUGGGAGUUGCCAAGACAGGGGCAUUGAUAAGUGCAUUUUUCAGAUGUUGGAAUGCCUGCUCACACUCCAGGGUUCAGGUUACUUGGCGGGGAAGGUUCUUAUGGGUCAGGUCAGUAAGGGGUUUGGCCAGGGCGCUAUAAUUGGGGACAAACUUCCUAUAGUAUCCUGCUGUCCCGAGAAAUGCCAACACCUGAGUCUUAGUCCUAGGGGUGGGCCAUUGGGCUACGGCCUCUACUUUGGCUGGUUCUGGUUUCUGUUUCCCACAGCCCACUCGAUGGCCCAGGUAUUGUACCUCGGCCAUCUCUAUACUGCAUUUGGCCGGUUUCAACGUCAAACCGGCCUCCCUAAUCCUGUCUAGAACCGCUCCUAUAUAGCCAAGUGCUCCUGACAGGUAUUGCUAAAAAUGGCAAUAUUGUCCAGAUAUGUGCAGGUGUAGUCCUGGAACCCAUCUAGGAGUCGGUCCACCAUCCGCUGGAAGGUAGCCGGAGCGUUUUUCAUCCCAAACAGCAUGACUUUAAAGUGGUACAGGCCGAAUGGGGUGACAAAGGCUGACUUAGGGAUGGCGUCCGGAGCCAAGGGAAUCUGCCAAUACCCCUUACACAGAUCAAUAGUAGUGAGGUAUUGGCCUCUGGCCAUCUGGUCUAGCAGUUCGUCUAUCCUGGGCAUUGGAUAAGCGUCUGAUACUGUCUUUUCAUUCAACCUCCGGUAGUCCACGCAGAAGCGGGUCGUACCGUCCUGCUUUGGUACGAGGACUACUGGAGAAGCCCAGGGGCUGUCCGAGGGCUCAAUCACCCCCAUUUGGAGCAUCUCAUCGAUCUCCUUGUGCAUAUUCUCCCGCACCGCUUCAGGGAUGCGGUACGGGGUCUGGCGCAUGGGAAGUUGGCCUGGGGUUUCUACCCGGUGAGUGGCUAGAGGAGUGUACCUAGGCACAUUAGAGAAGGUAUCUUGCUUCUCUCUUAGCAGCUGUUGUACCUUGGUACGUUCCUGCGGGCUCAGCCUGUCUCCCAGCACAACUUCUCCUAAAUCCCAGACAGCUGACUGUCUCCCAGUAGAUCUGAGAGGGGAAGGCUGCCAAACUCGUCAGAGUUGGGUGCACAAAUAGCGGUCACCUCUUCUGAGCGUUCCUGGUAGGGCUUCAUCAUGUUCACAUGGAGCAUGCGUCGCCCUCCAGUCCCUGCUCUGGGGCCAAUUAUAUAAGUGGUGUCACAUCUCUGUUCCACCAUUUUAUAAGGGCCUUGCCAGGCGGCCUGUAGCUUAUCAUGUCGGACAGGUUUUAAAAUUAAAACUUUCUGCCCAACCUGGAAGCUACGGUCCCUGGCGCCUCGAUCAUACCGGGUGCAUUGGCGCGUCUGAGCCGCCUGAAGGUUUUCCUUUACCGUCCUAGUUAGCGCUUCUAGGUACAAUGGGGGUACCGUCCGCGCUUCGGUCUCCCUCCCAAUGUUCCCUAUUUAGGUCUAGGGACCCUCUUACUCUCCUCCAGAAUAGCAGUUUGAAUGGGGAAAACCCGGUUGAUUCCUGCGGCACCUCCCGGUAAGUGAAGAGGAGGUGGGGCAGGAAUCGAUCCCAAUCCCGGUGGGUCUCAGCAAAGGUUCAGAGCAUUUGUUUUAAUGUACCAUUGAACCGUUCGCAGAGCCCAUUGGUCUGGGCAUGGUAGGGGGCACUGAUUAUAGGUUUAACGUCACAGAAUUUCCAGAAAUGCUGAGUGACCUCUGCGGUGAACUAAGUACCCUGAUCCGAGAUGAUCUCCCUGGGUAAUCCCAUCCGGGAGAAAAUCUGCAUCAGGGCCUCAGCCACGGUUUCUGCGUGGAUAUUUGUCAGGGCUACUGCCUCCGGGUAGCGGGUGGCGUAAUCCACCACUGUUAAAAUAUAUUUCUUGCCAGAAGGGCUAGGUUUCCGAAGGGGACCUAUGAGAUCUACUGCUAUCCUAUAAAACGGUUCCUCAAUUAUAGGUAUGGGAUGCAACUUUGCCUUCCGCCGGUCCCCCCUCUUCCCUACCCUCUGGCACGUAUCGCAGGUGCUGCAAUAUUUAUGGACUUUCUGGCUAAUUCCUGGCCAAAAGAAACUCUGGGUCAGUCGGUAUCGGGUACGACUGACCCCCAAAUGCCUGGAUAGCGGAAUAUCGUGAGCUAUCAGGAGCAAUUUGGCUCGGUACCUCUGUGGUACGACUAACUGCCUUAGAACAAUCGGGUGUGACCCAGCUACCUGCCUAUCCCAUACAAAUCUUUCCCCCUCCGCCCCAGGUUGGUCAGAGGUGACUUUGUCUCUAUAUACCUGUAGGGUAGGGUCAGUGAUCACCUCUGCCGCAAAUUCGUUAGGAGGGGCCCAAGGGACACAGUCUAGGGAAGGGGAAGGCUUUCUUACCUGAACCUCCGCCAGUGUGUUGUAGUCCUGGGUGCGAGCCUGUUGCCUGGUGACCACUGGAUGCGCUUCCUCAGUGAUUGUGGUUUGGGGCUCAAAAGCAGAGCUGAGCUUUCCCAGAUCGUUUCCUAGUACCACCUCUGCGGGUAAUUGUGGCAUCAACCCCACUUCCACAUUUCCCGCUCCCCAAUGCAUAUGAACUUGUGCUGUAUUCAGCCGGUAUACGGCUCCCCCGGCAUCACUGACAGCUAUAGUCCUACUGGUUUUGACUUUGUCACAAACCAAGUGGCUUUGGACCAGGGUUAUGGUGGCCCCUGAAUCUCGUAGUCCCUGCACAGCUUUUCCCUCCAGGUAGACUGUUUGCCUGUGAUGUUGACGAUUAUCCACAUUUGCUUGUAGUGGGUUGGCUUCAUGUAGUACUUCCCACUGUUCUAUGGUAGUGACGGGAACUGCAGAGCCAUAUGCGGCGGGUGUCUCGUCCUGGUAGUGGUGUGCUGCUGCUCUCGGUGGUGGGGGUGGACCUGGUCGGAUCCAGGUGAAUCGGUCUCGAAGAUGUGGGCAGUCCCGCUUGUAGCGUCCCCACCUCUGGCACUGGUGGCAUUGCACAGAGGAGGGUUGGCGGAACCUCGGUUGAGUAGCUGUAGGAGCUGGUGGGGGUAGUUGUCUCGGUGGUGCAUUUGUGCCAGUGGGAAAACUGUUUCCUCCUAGGGGUCGCACAUCUGGCUUAACACCCACAAGCUUGUGCUGCCUGCGGGCAUCCAUAUAAUCAUCAGCCUUUUUAGCCGCUUCUGUGAUAGACAUGGGGUUGCGGUCUCUCACCCACUCCUGAAGAUCUGCGGGUAUCCUGUCAUAAAACUGUUCUAACAGCAGCAUUUGUAAUAGGUCCUCCAUGGACAGUGCCUGGUUUGCCUGUACCCAUCCGAGGGCUGCCCUUUGUAAUCGGCAAGCCCAUUCUACAUGCGAGUCCUUUUCCGCUUUUUUCAAUUCCCUGAAGCGCCUCCGGUAGGCUUCUGGUGUGAUGGCAUACCGGGCCAGGAUAACUUCUUUUACCCGGCUGUAAUCACCGAUCUCUGUAUCUGGUAUAGUACGGUAUGCUUCAGCGGCUCUCCCCGUUAACCGUCCUGCUAGGAUGGGGACCCAGUCUUCCAUAUUUAUUUUAUGUAGCGUGCACAGUCUCUCAAAAUCUUGGAGGAAUGCGUCUAUAUCUUCCUCCACUUUUACAUACAUUUUAAACGCUUGGUAUGGGAUUUUCGGCUUACCCUCUUGUACCAUAGACACUGCUGUGCUUCUUUCCAGUGUUUAUGGCCUUCUUUGCCGCAUUAUAAACUCCUGGACCUCUGUCAUCAUCUUGGAGAUAAUCUCUAUUGGUGGAUUAUCCCCAUAAAAGGACAGUCUGAAUUGGAGCUGCCUUUGGAACUCUGCUUGCUCCGUUCCGUCUGUCGCAUCCCUCUGUUCGGUAUUCUGCCAUUACUUCAGAGAUGAGUGUUGCCUUUGUUUUAUUGCUGGCUGGAAUACCUCUUGCUUCCAGAAGAUCUUCAGGUGUGGAUCGUUUUAAUGUGGAGUAAUCAAUCUCCAUUAAUCCUUGUUCCUUUGUGAGUCUGGAUCCCACUGCACCAAUGUAAAGGAGAGCUGAUAUUCCACAGGUUAUCUCCACUCAAGAACCCAGUGAGGCUCAGGAACAAGUAUUAAAAAUCCAUAAGGCAAUAAUUCCAGCAGGCAAGACAAUCCAAUAAUAUCCCAACAUCAAUCCCAAUGACUGGACGACACACACAGUAUCAGGAGCAGAACUCAACUUUUAAUCACGCAACCUUCUUUUAAAGCUUUCUCCCAUGCAAGGGAGGGAUUUACAGUAAUUACACAAUACACCAAUCAUACACAAGUUGCCACCCACACAUCCUCUCCCCUUAGUAUGACACAUAAUCCCAUUAUGCAGGACACAGUUCCUCUUGUUUUCUGGAUGUACCCCUAAACAUAGGGGUAGCCCUUUAAAUAUUACAUCCCCUGGUAGCCCUGAUCUGGGUGAGACACAUAUCCAAAAAUCACCCAGAUCGGACCAGGGGUUCGGGAAAUUCCUGGAAGUAUUAAAAAGACAGACCACGCUGGAGUUAACAGCCGAAAAGGGUUCCAUACAUUUUGGCCCUGCGGUCGGUCACAGAAAAGGGAAUGAAACACACGAAUGGCUUGGGUUAUGAGAACUGGGGAGGAUUCGGUUAAAUCCCCUUGUUCGUGGGGUUCUUUCUACCGAACAGGGAGCCGUUCGGUAGUUCUUACAAGAAUUGGCGGCAGUAUGGAGGUCUCAGCGGUGUUUGCCUAACUGAGUGUCCGAUUUGGGUUCCAGACAUUCAACGGCAAAACACAGCUGUUCGGGAGUCUAAGAUGGCCGCCGCCACAUGUUCGUUUCCCGAAUGGCGGCCACCCAGAGGACAAAGUACACACUGCAUGAAUUGCCAAUUACCCGUUUGCAACAUUGUUGUGAACGGUAAUUGGAGGCACACUUAUUCCUGGGGUGGUCUGAUUGUUCAGUAGUUUCACUCGCAUAAUAACUGGAGUAAACAAUCAGAGAAUGCUGCAUACACUUGACAUACACAUGGCAAAAUUAAACCGAAAACAUACGAAUAUACAUAAUUCUGAGGACAGCCCAAUGCCAUCUGCUACAAUUCACUAAACAGUGAACUAAGAAAAGGAAAAGUUAGCACUGGAGUUUAGAAUAAAAAAGCUGAGAUGUUUUAUUAAAAUGUUUAGCUUGGUUGUUUUCCAAUCUCAGCUAAUUCAACCAAAUGUUUUAAAGUUUUGUUUAGUGAAUAAACUCCUAUUUAGAUGCAGGUUCAUUUUUGAAUUUCAGACUGCAAUACAUUAUGUAGGUAACAGCAUAUAGACACAUUGUAUCCAGACACAUGAUUCAGUUUGAUCUUCGAUAAAUGUGGAUUAUUGACCUCAAUGGCUGAUACUUUGGGGCAAUUUAUUUGGCAGAAGAUACGUUUGGUAAUCACUGAUAGCAGCAGUAAUAUGAUUGCAGUUGUGGGACAACGUGGUUCUACAUUUCUUGAAAGCCUAAAUAAACUGGCAGAGGUUUGGGAACCAAAGUUUGUUUGAAGAACCAUGAAAAUCGAUCACUGCUGAUCAUUCCUGCUCAAAAAGCCCAGACUUUAUCUCCUGCUCAGGACAGAGAUCUGUCUAACGUCUAACAAUGCUGCAGUCCGUGCCCCAUGAUAACCCAUACAUUAUUCUUGCUCUUAGUUUAGAUUACAAAUCUUGUCGCCCUCUCAUACCUUGAUAAAUCCCUCAAUCUGUUCUUUCAUGUCACCAAAUCCAUUUCCGGCACCAUGUUUUACACGAUCAGGACUUUGCACCAUUCUUGGUUUGUAUUAUAAUUCAGACCCAGGAGAAUCUUACUAUCCUGACAUUUAACGUUUUAUUAGUGUGAUGACAAGGUCUCCAGAACCGCACACAAUAUUCUGUGUAAUGUUUUCAAGUCAUCUAUAAAGUGGGGUCAACGUUCUGAUAUUCCUUCUCCUGUCCUGGAAUAGUGAUGGCUUUCCUUACUGCUUUGUUGCAUUGAAAUAAUUUACAUCCAUAAUAAUGCUUUGUCCCCUUUCAUCUUCUGUUGGAGUCAGUGAGGCUAUUCGUGGUUUGUAUUCAGUCGUUGGGUUGUUUGAGCUCUGCGUGUAUAACUUGUAUUUCUUAGUGUGAUAUUUCAAACCCUACACCAGGUAUACUCAACCUUCGACACUCCAGAUGUUUUGGACUACACCUCCCAUGAUGCUUUGCCAGCAUUAUGAGUGUAAGAGCAUUAUGGGGGAUGUAGUCCACAACAUCUGGAGUGCUGAAGGUUGCCUAUCCCUGCCCUACAACAUUCACACAUUCACCCAGUUUUCUUACAUUGUUACAUAUUUAGUUAACCAAGAAUUCUGCUCAGGGUUAUUUACUAAACCAGGAGUUGCUUGGCAUUACUAACGCUGUAGUUGAGCCUUGACAUAACGUGAAUCCUCUGAUGAAUAUUUAAUUCUGGGUCCUCGUCAUUAGAGAACAAUGGACAUGAGCCCAACUGGUUGACUGUCUCUUCACUCAAGGAGAGAAAUGUUAUAAUAAUCCAGGUGAUGAUUAGUGGCCUUUGUUUUAAAGAUGAAUUUAGCAGAAACCUUUUUUCUUUUUAAAAGGUUAUCCCAAGCAUCAUAACCACUUCAGGGAUUUGAAGUGGUCAUGGUGCCUGGAGUCUUUAAGUACAGUGUUUCGUUAUGAAAUGCUGGAUGUACGGAUUAACCCCUCUUCUGCCAGAGGUGUAACUACAUCUCCAUCAGCAUUGGGAGAUCCUAACCAGCACAGAACUAGAACACAGCGUGCUGGCACCAGAAAGACAAUGGCAGCAUGGCCUCCCUGACCCCCACCUCCAUGGAAGGGGAGUGAUGUCGGGCUGAGGGGACAACUUGGCUUGUGCGAUGGAAAAUACGUAAGUUUAAGCCUUUUUAAAAAUGAGUUUAUGUUUGUCUUUAGCGGGGCGGACAAUCACAGAAAGGGCUACUCUACCCAAAAUCAAGGAUUUUACGAAAACACUGCUUUGGUCGGACUCUUUAAACCGAAAGUCUUGUGUAAAACAGACAGUGUGUGGUUAAGCCAACGUUACAAAAUAUCGAAAAUACAUUGAAACAAUAUGCGCAAAAACAAUAACUUAAAAAUGGGGUAAAAAGCUUUCUAGAAAGGGAAUUGUUGGGAUCAGUGGCUAUAAGUUCAAAUCUUUAUUAAAAUCCAUUUUCUGUGUUCCUUUGCUCAGAGGACCCGUCUGUGAUGAGAUGAACAUACUGCUGGAUUUGAAUGGACUGGAAUGGGUGACAUUUCUGCCAGACGUAAAUCUCCAGUGUGGUCGGAUAACACCCUGUUUAAAACUGUGUUCCUCCUCAUCAUCUGUGAGCAAGGUAAGGCAAUUCAGUGAGUGACACGGCUAUUUCAUUCACUUACAGCGUUAUUCACUGAAGGGAGAAAUGUCAGGAAUUCAAAGUGAGUUUCUAAUUUAAGGCCAGAUUAAUCAAACUGAUAGUAUUGUUGGCCAGGAGAAUGUUUCCAGUUUUCGGCUAGUCUAGCCUUAACUUUGAAAUUUACUUGAGUUCACUUUUAAUUCUCACUUCAGUAAAUAAGUCUGUUACUUUACUGACUCCGCCAAACCUGGCUGUUUUAAGUACAUUUUGGGCUGAAAAUCUCACUGUAAUGUGCUUUAUGGAUUAUUUAGAAAGUCAUUGUUAAUGAGCUGUGCUAUUGUGUACUGAGAAUAUAGGAUUAUUCACUAACAGGGUUACAUGUCUCCCAGCCAGCAUAGCAGUAGCGCUUCAUAAGAAAUGCUCGUACUAUAAUUAGGGCACUAGGACCCUGCGGGGAGCUCCCUCCAUGCGCGAGCAUUAGGCCUUCCCAUAGGAAAUCAUUGAAUCAAUUCUUUUCUAUGGGGGACUUGCAUAACGCUGGACAUCAUCUUGCAGAGCGUGAGGACGUCCAGCGACAUUUCACUUAAUUGAACUCUGUGAAACUGCAAGUGGUCUGGGUGCCUAUAGUGUCCCGUUACGACCACGUGACUGAAUUGAAAGCAGAGCUGGCUUUGAUACUUUUCCCAAUUCAGCUAUUUUGACCUUAAAUUUGAAAUUCUGUUUGAAUUCUCACUUUAGUGAGUAACCCUGUAUGUUAUAGAACAAAUGUUUUUACCUAAUGGAGUAAGAAAAGAGUGAUUGAUAUCCGUAGAUUAAUGGAAUUAAAGACUACAAUAGAUGUAAAUGGAUUGUAGUUAGUGAUGCUCGUGUAGACACGUAUUUGGAAAUGAAUAAGUUACAAAUGAUGAAAAACUCCAUCAAACAUUGUCAUCAUUGCUGUCCGUUACAAUGAUGUAGAUUCACGCCUGAUUUCACGUUUUUUCCCCCUUUCCAGUGCACGCUCAAUGUAAAAUUGUAAAAUGCAACUCAGAGUAUCUGUCAGCCACGCUGAACUUGAGAGUCUCUAAUAAAAAUGCAGUGUACUGCAACGCCCUGCGUUCCUACUCUCAGUGCACCAGGAACACUGCCAGGACGUGUCGAGGAGACUUGGUUUACCACUCUGCUGUGCACAUCAUCGAGGACCUCAUGAUCCAGCACAACUGUUCCAAGGAAGGUCUCUCCACCCCUCCCAGGCGCCAUCCUCCGCAGUCAAUCCCUGAAAACCCUCCCAAACAGGCCUGCGACUACGAGAAGGUCUUCCGUGAGAAGCAUGGGAAGGUGCCAAAAUAUUUACACUGUGGAGUUUUUGGGGAUCCCCAUGUACGUACUUUUGGUGGUGAAUUCCAGACCUGCCAAGUAAAAGGUUCAUGGCCUCUCUUAGACAAUGAGUAUCUGUUUAUUCAGGCAACAACCUCACCACUCAAUCAUCUGUCUAACGCCACAGUAACAAGCAAGGUACGAACUGUCUGGAAACAUUGUGACCUUUUUGAGCCUUUCUAAAGACUACACUAUUUUCUUACUCUAUUUUCCACCAACAUUCUUACCCAGUCUUUCCUUCUUCCACGCCACAAUCCAUCUAAUAACCCUUGCCCAUUGCUCCACCCAUCUAUUUUCCCAAUUGUCAUUCUCUCCCACAUCCAUCAGUCUCCCCAACCUUCAUCCUUUUCUUCUUCAUCCAUCAGUCUCCCCAACCUUCCUCCUAUUCUUCUUCAUCUAUUCCUCCCCCCCAAUUCUCUUCUUUAUCAUACCUCUCCCCAACCUUCUUCCUCUUUUCCUACAUCCACCCCUCUCCCCCAACCUUUCCUUUCUUCUCCUUUAUUCAGGACAUUUCUCUCAACCUUUCAACUCCUCCACCCUACCUGUUCCACCUUCUAACCCAUCUUCUUCUCUGCUCUAUUAAUUAUUUUUUACCAGUCUUUCUACUUCACCAAACCCUGUUUUAUUUCCCUUCUAAUUCUCUUCUCCAUCCAGUCCCUUGACAUUUAAACCUUUCAGCUUUUCUCUAUCUUUUUGUCUGUUCUGUCCAUCCCUUUUUCUCAGUCCUUCCUCCUCUAUGCUACAUCAAGCCCUUACUGGAGAUGCGCCAUCAUCCAUCGUAUAUAAUAGUGUGUUUAUCUCAUGGACUCUUCUCUUAUCAUGCUUCUCUUACUCUUUAAUAUUUAAUACUCUAUUGUUUUUUUUCCCAUUGUAUACCCUCCCAGCUGUACUAUGUGUAAUGCCCUGUUUCAAUAUGUAAAUAGCUGUAGUUGAGAUUGACUCCCGUUACAUAUAUUCCCCAGGCUUUGCUCACCACGGCCAUAUAUACCAACUUACCACUUCUCCUGCGUUUCAAAGCUCUCUUUCUUCUGCUUUAUCCAUUAUUGCUUUAAUCACACACCUUUUCACUGCUUAGUAAAUCUUCCGGAUAAUGUUCUUUACACAGAAAGCUUUUCUCACCAAACUAGUAGUUCUAACCUUUUUUGUUGUUGUCAGGGACCCUAAUUAUUGUAGGAAAUGCCUGGUGAUCCAUUGUUUGAUUUAAAAAUUAGCUCAGAGACCUAUUAAUCAAGUGCAAUAUAAGAAAUAUUAAAAUAAAUUCAUCAAAAAGACUUAAAUGGACUCUUCUCAGUAUCAACUGGAUCUUUGUUUUACUGAGGAAGGCAGUGCUACUAAGAAAGUGGCGGGCACAAUCUGGCCAUUAGAGACCCCCAGAAACAUUGUGGGAUCCCAGUUCACUUUUUACUUUAAAUCAUUAUAAAUGACAUAUCACUCCCUAUCUAGUGAAUGCACCCCAAAUUUAUUUAGUUUAUUUUUAUGGCUGACUCAUGCCUGUGUUGGAAUGAAUUAACUUCUCGUAGUACAUCCUGUAAAGUUCACGUGUUUGAAUACGUAUAAAUUUAUUUGAAAUCUGUCCAACCAUAUGUAAUAAUAGAUAUAUGUGACCUCUACAGCAAGCAGUCUUUUUCGAGAAAAAACUAAACUAAACAAAAACAUUGUAAAGCAUUAACUUUGGAAAGUAAACCUAUUUUUAUGAGCUGAACUUAAUUUUGGAGAAAUUCUGAGAGUUAUUUGUAAUGCUGCCAAUAUUCUCUUCCAGCUGACUAUUAUCUUCAAAAACAUGAAGCAGUGCAUUGAACCGAAGGUCUAUCAGGCGGAGGUGGGCAACCUGCCAGCAGCUUUUGACGAUGGUUCAAUAAACGGAGGCAGACGAUCUGGUGGGAAAAGUCUGACCAUCCAUGAACGGGAGUCCGGAUACAUUGAGAUCCAGGCCUCUUAUAUCGGCACAACAAUUCGGGUGCGUCAACUUGCCAAUCAACUCUCCUUCUCUCUACGAAUAGCUGAGGAGAUCUCACAAGCCUUUCCUGAAGCGCAGGAUUUACAGCUGUGUGUUGGGGGCUGCCCAGCCAGUCAGUGGUUGUCAAGGACUAAGGACAUUGGUCAACCAACUCUCAAGAGCUUGGAUGCAGCCAAAUCACUGUGCAGGGAGAAGUUGCCUGUAGAGGACGUAUAUUUUCAGUCUUGUGUGUUUGACUUGGUGGUAUCUGGAGAUGCUAAUUUGACAAGUGCAGCAUAUCAUGCUUUGGAAGAUGCCAAAGACUUCCACCCUGAGCCCGGGACAUUACAUAUUUUCAGUGGAGGAUUUAAGGCAUCCAGUUUAGUUGUCCACUUUCUUCUUCUGGUCUGUGCAAUGACUACUGUGUGGAGUCUGUAGCCAUUUCUCUUUGUGUUUUUGCACUUGACUGCUCUCUGUGCAAAAGAUGACCGAUGUUGGAGCAGUCGUACAAAAUGUGAAUUUGUGAGAUGUGGUAGAAAUAUUGUGGAUUUUUGAUGAUCAGGAGAGAGAUGCACUAACACAUGAUAAUCUGGAGAACUUCCCUUACAGAGAGAAGAUUCAUCAACCUGUGUUAUUCUGUAGAUCCUGUAUACGAGAAUUAUAGAUAUUACCACUGGCAUUGUAAUAGGUAUUAGGUGAGGUGAAGCUACAACUGGGCUCUUGAAAUACACAAAGGAGCUCCAUCCAUGCCCUGUAAAUCAAACUACACUGGAUGACGCCGCAGAAGGAGCAAGAGAUUGGAGUUCCUGAACACACAGCUUUUUCUUCUCCUCUGAAGCGCUGUUCUAUGACAUCAUAUACUGGCGCCUUCUGUUUGUACUACAUGGAGCAGUGAGAGGAAAAAGAGAGAUUCGGCUCACCCCGUUGGAUCACCAUGUAACUUCACCUUAAAUGUCCACCAAAUACAGAAUUACAUUUUACACGGAGAAAAUAUUAAUUUAAUCUUCAGAAAAGGAUGCACAGAAUUAUCCAUCAUGUAGUUAUACUCCUGGACUUUCCACGCUGUAACCUAUAAAAUUCAAGAAUUAGUUUGGAAAGUUGAGUGGUUUGUAUUAUUGAGAGGGAAAUUUUAUCAAAUUAUCAUAUUAUACUGUGUGCGUCCCCAGGAUUCGCAAUAGAUUUAUCCUGAUGUAUUUUUAAAAAUUAUAUAUAUUUAUUUAUACGUAUUGAUAAAAAAUAAAUGUUAAAACAUGGUAUUGUAGAAAUAUUAAAAAAAAAUAAGUUUAUUUAUGUUUCAGAAAACCUGUCACAUGAAUGUAAACAUCCGGUAUUUAACCCCUUCACUGACGAGCACCUUUUGAUUGAAAAUAUAUUAGCAUAACAUGGAUUUGAAGCAAGGAAUGCAUAACAAGCAUAUAAACAUUUCAUAAUACAGCAAUUUUGUGUAUAGUGUAUAUUUUGUGUAUAGAUUGCUUUGCAGACAAUAUUAAAAUUAUAAGUUAUGUACAUUCACACAUUUUUAUUUUUCACCUAUUUGUUCAGCCUUUAUAAAAAUAUUUGGGAAAUUAAAAAGCUUUAGGCAGUAUACAGUGUCCUUAGCAAUUUGAAAACUGACAUGACCCAUUGAAACUUCCUGUACUGUUUUGAAAGGGGGUAAGCUAACAUUUUCAGAAACCUUAUAUUUAUUAUAUAAGUGAAUAGUGGUUUCUGGUAGAGAAAAGCAUUCCUCUACAGACUGGUAAUCAUAACAAAAGGAUAAAUGAGGGUGAGUGAGGCUUUAAGGACUAGAUUUCAUACUUCAGAACAUAAAAAUAAAAAACAUGUUUACUCGAUCUGGAUAUUAAAGUGGUUAAAAAAAAAUAUAGAAAACUGUUUAAUGAUAGCUGCCAUUUAUUUGAAAUGGUUCAGCAGUUUUUAAAAUCAAAUAAAUUAUAUGAAAUCCAUAAUCUUCCUGGUAAAACUAUUAUUAUUAUUUAAUUGGAGCCCAAAUUGCCAAUUUGGGAACACAGAUACAUUGGAUAGUGUUGGUCAUCUCAUAUGUGCUGGAC